CUAUCUACAUUUGACAAAGGAUACAUACAUAUUGCACGUCUUCCGUGGAGAGGAAAACUAUAAAUCUAUACAUCCUAAGCAGGUAAAAUAUUUCCAUUUUUAAUUCACAAACGUACUUGCUAUACCUUUCUUAAACCUACCAUGUAUUGGGUAGAAUGUAAGUCCUAUGUACUUUUUAUUAUUUUUUUUUAAAUUAAUAUUAAGCAGAUAAAGUUGAGGAUGUUUUCUAUUCCUUAAAUGUGAAUCCUAGACGAAGAUGCAGUGUGCAUGGUUUAGAUUUUAAAUUGUUUUUAGCCAAUUGGUCUAGUGUUGUGUCCAUGCUCUUUUACAAUCAAACCGUUAAUAUGAAUGUUUAGUAACAUUUGUUUGACUUUGAAUGUUCACCCACUAUAAAUGGUAAGAAUACAGUUAUGUCAUAUGGUGGAUUCAUAACCUAGCAAUAAGUCAUUGAUGACAAAUCUUAAUCGAUGAUGAGGCCCUCCCUGCUCUUGCAAGUUUGCAAAGUGUGAUAUUGCUCCCAUACUCCUUUUCUUUUCACGUCACUGUUUUCCUAGUUUCUAACUUAUAAAAGGUGCUCUAGUCCAAUUAUAGCUGGCUGGGAACGGGUUUUUCUUCUUGCUGCCCGUGCGUUCCUUCAGAAUAUUGAGCCCCUUCUUAUCCUAGAACUCAACAGAUCCUCUUUUUGUGUGUGGUUCUUAGAGGGGGCUUUUAAACAUGGCUGAUGCAACUGGUUCACCUAACAUUUGUAAUCUCUGCCUCGUGUACUGGUAAACACUGAGACUGUGUACAAGCCAUAGGAUUUCACUUGACUCUGAAUUUGCUAAUUAUUUUUUUUUUUUUCCCCAGUGGUCAGAUUAUUCUGUGGUUGAAUGCUUUUAAUGUUCUUGUUUGCAUGUUUAACCUUUUUUAAAUUUUAUGUAUGUGUGUUUUUGUGGUUUUUUUUUGUUUUUUUUUUUUCCUUUCAAAUUCUGCUUGUCUACCAUUAAUGGAUAUGACUUGAUGAAUGCCAUCUAUUUUAAAUAUCAGUUGUAGGAAAGUUGAUGGUGAAGUGUAACUCUGUAUCUGACCAGCGGAAAACUUGAUUUUGUGUUGAUAGUUUGGAUUACAAAGUGCAUUUUAAGAUUUAGGUCAAAAUAGACAAAUGAUGAGGGGGGGAGGGGAUUAUCCAAGCCAGCUAAAUUUUAAAACUUCACUGUUUUUGUAAAUAAAUACACCGUUGACAUUUGUUGGAAGCCAGUCUCUCAGGAUUCUUUUCUAAAACGAGCGUUUUAAGUGAAUUUCAUAUUUAAGUCCAGAGUAGCUGAACUUACAGCUGACUUGGCUAAUUUAGCCUUAAAUUUGAAAUUAACUUUGAAUUUUUACUUUACUAAAUAACCCUGUCAAAUUAUCAACACUUUUAUUCAGUGUGUGUGUGUUCCGCCAGGUUAAAGUUAAUGUUUAUAUGGACUAUAAUGUAUUUUAAGUUGUUGGAUACCUUUUUUUCAAUUUAGCACAGACAGCCCAUUGGAAAUUUCCAAACCUGUGUGUUUGUCUUUAUCUUUCACUGAGUGGUGAUUGAAAUGCCAGAUUCAACUGUUAUCUUUUACUCUCAAACAGCUGUGCAUCACUAUUUCACUGCAAGUCCGUAAUCUAAAGCCAACAUCUUGAAUUUUCUAGCAGAAAUUGUGAACAAAUGGUGGUGUGAAAUUCCUCUGGCUUUUUUUUUUAUUUUUUUUUAUUCUUUAACCCUCUGCAUGACAGGGAGUAAGGCAUAUUCAGUCAAAUCCCAUUAUAUAAUUAAAUACAUGGUAUGCUAUUGGUCACUAAGGGAUUCAGUAUGGCUGUCUUCUUACCAUGAUAGGGAUGCUAGACCUGAAAAAGCAAGCUACAAAUUUGGGGAAUCAACAGAAGCAUCUGCAGUGGUUAAUAAAAGUAGAUAUUGGUUUAAAUACACCCACUGUAAGAAUGGUACAAAAUGUCAAAGGUGUGAUCCAAAUAAACAAAGGUGCUGCAGUUACUUUAUAAUUAUUACAUUUUAUAUUAUUUUUAUAAAGCGCCAACAAAUUCUGCAGCACUGAAUUGUGUGUGUGUGUGUGUGUGUGUGUGUGUGUGUGUGUGUGUGUGUGUGUAUAUAUAUAUAUAUAUAUAUAUAUAUAUAUAUAUAUAUAUAUAUAUAUAUAUAUAUAUAUAUAUAUAUAUAUAUAUAAUAUUGUCCUGUAGGCACCAAAACUUGCCUUUAUUUUCACAUAGGUAUGCGCACAGACUUGCUAUAAUACUGAUGGGUGAACAUACCUAAAUAUUAUGUGUUGCUGGUACGCUCCAUGUAGUGAGUGUGUGUGUGUGUAUGUAUAUAUAAUGUGUGGUAGUCACUGGAUGACAAUAUUCUCUACAUGUAUGCACAUAUUACUAUGAGGUUCCACACCAAUCCCUGCAUUAGUAUUUCUUUCCAUGUUAUUGGGUAGUUCUUAUACCACUAUAGUAACCCCAACCCCUGAAUACUACAUACUGGCUGAGAGGACAUAGCAGGUUUUGUGUACAUGUAUAUUUAAAGCCUUAUCAAAGUCAUUAUCACUGAAGACCACUAAGUACUCAUGCACUAAGAGUCCAAACUUUUGCUAAGUCCCAACAUGCUUCUUGCCUGUACUUUACUCUUACUGAUAUGCACUUGUGUAUUCUGCAGCCACUGGCAAUUUAGAGUAGGUUCCCGUAUAAAUCUGUCAAAUAUGCGGCUUCUUUACUGUAUUUGCUGGUGUAUGGAUCAUAUAAACUAAUAAUGGUGAAUCCUAGAAUUUGGUAACCUAUGGCACCCCAGCUGCUCUGUACCAAGAAUUCAACUGUCUAGGGAAUUCUAGUUGGCAUUAAGGGAGUUGCAGUACACAGUUUUACAAAAUAAAACUUUGUCAUCUGUAAUGGAUUCUUUCCUCCUCCUUAUGCCUUUUACUGUAAACCCUACACACAUCCAAUACCAAGUUUUCUCAGCUCACAACUCAUUUCCCACAUUACUUGGUCUUUCUGUUUUGUGUUGCAAGUGACAAUACAUACGUCCUAUGUCACUCUUCAAACUGCAGUGAUAGUUCUAUUUCACCAGGCUCGUCAGCGUGUACAAAGAUUAGAUCUAUAUAUUCACUAGAAUUAAAUGUGAGGUCUUCGCAGGAACACACAAGCUCCUUGUGUUGCUGUUCGUGUCUUUACCUCCGGUCUCAUCUUCACAUGCAUCCCCAAAUUGUCGCAUUUCCUUUGUACAUCACUUCUCACCUCAUUUGUCAAUAACUCCUGUUUUUCUAACCUAUUAUCACAUGUAAGUAUACCUUUUAUAUAUGCACCCCCCCCCAACAUUUUAUUGGAAAUUUAAGCAGAAUAUCCGUAACAAUAGGAGCUUUGAGGUCACAUAUCCAAACUCGCCAGAUUGCCAAUUCCAUUUAAAUAACAUUAGAGCAUCAUACAUUGAGUAUCUAAAAGGAGUCUGCAUUAGAGAGACCCUGAAAACUAGGUGCUAUAUAUCAGGUAAAAUAACAAUAUACCAAUUCAAGUAAGAUUGCAAAAUACUGUCCGACAGGUUCAGUUCUGUGAUAAAAGUGUAUUAUUUAUUGUAGGGAAACUGUGUAGCAUUGUUUUUGCAUCAUAACAUUCGUCUAUAUAUUUCUUCGCCCCAAUACUCUAGUACUUUAUUGUUAUCCUUUCCUGGUCAUACAAAGCUGUACAGCUGUUCUUUAGCGUGACAGCAAGAUUUUCUCAAUUCAACUUCCUCUUGGAUUGGCUUAAUCAAAAUUGUCCCUUUUAAAUUUUAGGCUCUCUGAGAGAGAUUUAGCAAAGUGUUCUUUUCUAAAAAGUUGUUGUUUUUUUUUAAAGUACCAAUCACCAUGGAUACCAGUUGAACUAGCAGGCACAUUCCAUUAGUGAUUCCUCCCCAUUUUUUGCAUCACAUUUUACAACUGAACACUUUGAUAAAUCUUCCCCAAUGUGUUCUCUUCAUAUGUCACAUGUUUAUUUUCCCUAUAUCCAAAAGCAGUGGAAUUGGACACAAAUCAAUACACCCUCCUAUAUAACUUAACUUAUCCUUCUGGAGUUGUUAAAAAUCCACUGACUUGAGUAAUGGUACCAGUGUCUAUAAACAAUCGUACUGUUUGUUUACCAGGUCCAGAAAAUAUUUGAUUAGUAGCUUGUUUUGAGCUGGAAACUCACCACCUUUAGUUCUUGCAUGUUAACAUUAGCCACCCUCACUCACACUUUAUUCUUCACAUAGGGAUGGGGAAUUGGAACAAGCAAAUGUAUUGCUUUGGGUUUUCUGUCUAACCCCAUGGGCCAUACUCAGCCGCCCAAGGUCACCUUAUGGUUAAUCAUGCUGUGACUUUUGUUACCUGUCUACCUAUUGUACAGUGCUGCAGAAUAAGUUGGCACUUUACAUGAAUACUUUACUUUAAAGGAUCACUAUAGUGUCAGGAAAACAAAGUGGUUUUCCAGACACUAUAGUGGCCUGAGGGUUCCUCCACCCUCAGGGCCCCCCUCCUGUGGCGCUGAAGGGGGUUAAAACCCCUUCAGCCACUUACCUUAACCACUUAAGGACCAAACUUCUGGAAUAAAAGGGAAUCAUGACAUGUCAUGUGUCCUUAAGGGGUUAAUCCAGCGCAGAGCUCCCUCGGCGCUGGUGACCUCUCCUCCCCGUUCUCAAUGCUUUCCUAUGGACGCUCUGCGCAAAGACAGCCACUAGAGGCUGGAUUAACCCCAAAUGUAAACAUAGCAGUUUCUUUUAAACUGCUAUAUUUGCAUCUGAAGGGUUAAAACCUGAAGGACCUGGCACCCAGACCACUUCAUUGAGCUGAAGUGGUCUGGGUGACUAUAGUGUCCCUUUUAAACGUGUGGCCCCGAGUCCAAUAGCAUGAAGGCUCUAGUUGUGUGUGUUGUGUGUGGUUUUUUUUUUUUGUUUGUUUUUUUGUCUUUGCACACUCAAAGGUUAUCAGAGGUAGUAAUGACAGACUUUGCUCAGCAACAGAAGAAAAAAAAGUUCUUGAUAGUGUACAAAAGUGUGGAUACAAUGAGGUUAUGUAUAAUUAACAUAAAAACACUCCCUUUCAUACUUGCACCAUUUUUGUGUCAUUUUCUUAUGUAUGACACCAUUACACAGCCCUGUACAAUUGGUGCCUUUUUCCCUGCCCUUGCGUGUUUUCUCUCUCUUCUUAUGAAUCUUUUGGAUUUUGUUUUCUCUUAUUCUGAAUUUACAACUAAUUACAUGUUAAAAUUUAAGCAAAAUUAUUGAUAUUUACAACUUGAAGGUAGACCUAUGUCUCUCUCCUAAGAACUUGAAAGUUUUUACCUGUCUCAGGAAACCUGCCAAUGACUAACAAAACGGUGCCUUUUCUGUUUUUUUUUUUAAUACAUCACUAUGUAACAUUUGUUCUGAGGUCUCACCACCUUUAUGGAGGCAUUUAUUGCAGCUAUCUGGAUAGCCCACAUGUAAGGUAUUUAUCGUAUGGAGCCAAAGAUGCCUAAGCAUAACACCGCUCCGCCACUAAUUAGUGUCGUGGUCAGCCAAGUCCUCUAUGAUGAAAACACAAUUUGCUAAUUGUAUGAAAAUCCUAUCUAAUUUAUUACUAGGCUCAAUAGACUUAAUGUAUACUGUAGUGGUUAUGGUGCCAGAACUGCCCUGGCACCCCCCAUUUGUAGGGAGUCAAACCAUUCUUGGAGCAGUCUGACUUUUUUUACCUGGGGUUUGCCAGGUGCCGCUCACUUCUUUUACUUCAUCAGUCAGAGGCCCCUAAGUGCUGGGUUAGCUUUUGGUUGAGUUUCAGCUGAUUGCUCCUAGUGAAGCUGUAGAUCGUGCCCGGUGGGCCCCAUGUAAAAGUCAAACUAUUUCAUAGUUACAUAGCUGAAAAGAGACUUGCGUCCAUCAAGUUCAGCCUUCCUCACAUUUGUUUUUUGCUGUUGAUCCAAAAGAAGGCAAACCCAGUUUGAAGCACAAUUUUGCAACAAGCUAGGAAAAAAAUUCCUUCUUGACCCCAGAAUGGCAGUCAGAUUUAUCCUUGGAUCAAGCAGUUCAAAAAAGGUUUAUUUAGCCUUGGAUGGCAACAGGGCACUUCUGGAACCAUAACCACCACAAAGUGCUUAUGUUGCAUGGCGUGUUUGUUUUAAUGCUCACAGAAGAAAUUGGUUAUACAGAGUAUAAUAUAUGGACAGGUUUUCCUGCUGUGCUUUUAACAAUUUUAAUUAUCUUAUUUUACAAUACAAAUUGAUAUGAUUAAUCUUCCUAUGCUUGUUGCUGGUGGGAUGAAGGUGAUUCAAGUAAUAAACCAGAAGCAGUUAGAUGCCUUUCAGUGCCUUAAGGACAUGUGCUGCAUAGUUUUCAUCUAUUUUGGGCAAGUGAAAUAUCUGACAUCCGAACAAAAAAUUGAUUUGAGCGUGGUUUUAAAACUGGGAUGAUUUCCAUAUUUUUGUCUAAAAAGGCGUACCGAUGGGGAAAACUCUGGGUUAAAGAAUAAAUCAUUUAUUUUCUAGCAAAGCCCAUAUUUCAUAACCACUCUGCAAGAGAUUUCUUUUGGUGUAGAAAAGACAGAUGACCUCCUGGGUGAAUUCUGGUAAGUUGGGUUGAUGUCCAGCACCAAUAAGAUAGUAGUGACCAUCUGUUUAUAAUGCUAACCUUUUGAAGUUAUUGCCACUAGGACCAAACAGAAGGUUAGGUGUUAAAACUCCAGGCCACAUGAUUCAGGGCAGUAAACUGUUUUUACAGCUGUUUUAAGGGCCCCUGCAAAUAUUAGGUUUCCAGCUGCAGUGAAAUAAAGCGGUCAUCCAUGUAACAGCUACAUUUUUAAUGUUGGAGUGUUUACAAAAAAAUAUAAUACUCUUUCUUACCCCAAGUGUGGAUGAAAACACCUUCCACCUGAAGUAAGUGGAUAGUUGAUACAUUGCUAAAUACAAACACCAGUCAAGCCGUAAGACUUGCUUUUCCCACAGAAAUCUCACUACUGCAAAGGAUUCUGGGUAGGCUUAUGCAAAUGAGAUCAACAAAGUAGUGAGAGCAAGGUUAAAUUUCUGUGGGAAAAGCAAGUCUUAGGGUUUGAUUGCUGGGUGUAUUUGUGUUUUUUUUUUUUUUGCGAUGUAUUUAAAAAAAAGUGUGUGUGUGUACCUACAUAUCCUAUUGAUUACGGACUGUAAACUAGCAACCCUACAAUGUAAAUGGAGCCAUGACACACAUGGAUGGCUUUAGGGGUCUGUUAGCAACCAUUUCUAAUCAACUACUUGCUGAAUAAUUUCUUUCCCCAGGGGCCACAAUCCAAGACUAGAAUUAUUGAGUGAAUGGGUUAUGGAAGUUGAAUAUUAUGUGGAACGUCUUCAACUGGUUAUGGCUUUUUUGUACACUUUUUUUAUUUAUUUUUUUUGUGACAGCUCAGAGUUUUAGAACUGAAGACUGGCUUAUUGGAUACCUAAAUGAUAGAUUUUUAUUUUAUUUUUUGCUAGUGACUCUUGACCAGUAUUUAACCCCUUAAGGACACGUGACAUGUCAUGAUUCCCUUUUAUUCCAGAAGUUUGGUCCUUAAGGGGUUAAAUUAGAUUUAUUUAUUUUUUUCUCCCUCUUCCUUCUUGCUCCAUAAAUUCCAGCAAAGAAAGAAGCAUAGUUUAUCAAAAUGCCAUAGGUUGGCAUUUGUUCUUUAUUUUUUUUUUAUUUUUUUUCUUCUUCUUCUUGCUGCCCUUUUCCUGCUUAAAGGGACACUAUAGUCACAAGAACUACUACAACUUUAAUGUAAUGGUUCUGGUGUCUUUCGCCUGUUUGAAAUGGCGGUGUGUUUACACAUUGCUGUCUAGGAACAGCUGUAGUGGCAGUCACUCAGACGUGCUUCCUAGGUGAGCAUCUUCACACUCUGCAUGGAAGCGCUGAACGUUCCUCAGAGAUGCGUUGAUUCAAGUGUGGGCAGACAGAGCCAGCCAAGACGAAACCUGAACUGCAUUGGAAUCUAAGCAGUAAAACACCUGUUUAUGAGGGACAUUGUGGGCUGGAACCUAAACUGUGGUGUUUGAACUAUACUGUCAUGAACGGUUUAGGUCACCAGCAGCCUCUCUACAAUAAAAGGGUGAGUUUAUUCAUCUUUAUUACCACAGCAGUCUCGCCGCAGCUGGUUCCGCCUCCAUGGCUGAAAUCAUCAUACUUGAUGAUCUCCGACAAUCCAAUGUUUUCUCUUUGAAAAGCAUUGGGAGGCUAUUGCUCAUCGUGGCAAUUUGCCGUGCUGCGCCAGUCAGCAUCUGCUCAUAGAAAUGCAUUGAAUCAAUGCAUUUCUAUAGGGAAUGUUGCAUGGAGGCACUGAAUGCCAGUGCUGCACAUUGUGCAUCAUUGACAUAGGAAGCCCCUCUAAUGGCCAUUUGAGUGACUGCCACUAUAGAUGUUAUUGGGCAGUAAUGAAAACGCUGCCUGUUCUCUGAAAAGACCAUGCUUACAUUUUAGAGGGCUGCUGGGACAGGUUUUUGACACCAGAACAAAUACAUUAUACUAACUAUAGUGUCUCUAAAAUCAUGUUUGACUUUAAAUCUAUCUUGCUUGUACAUUCUUCAAAAAUUGGUCAUCACCUGAAUCACUGUAUUUUGAUUCCCAUAAGGCUCAGUCAUUUUAAUGGCUCAGCUGAUUGAGCGUAAUGAUUCAUAGUCCACAGAAUUUUGGCUACUUCUAUACAGUCUGCUGGUUUGGUUUGCCACCAGCAUGCUGAUCAGUGACCUCAUAGGGACUUCCUGUAGCACUGCAGAUGCUACAAAUGCAAGUAGAAUGUGGAGUUUUAAACAUCUGGUACUGGGACACAAGGGCCUCGCUAAGAUUUGUAGCCGAUGCUUAAAUUCUCGUUAACAGUCUUGUAUUUUUGUUAUUUUCUGAUCCUAUUGUAAGCUCUAGUACUUCUAUGACUGAAAAUAUAUGAAUUCUCUGGCUUUUGUGAAUAGGAGUUGUUGGCUUAGGCUAGACGUCAAUAAAAGUAAUUGCAGGCAUUCCUGCACAGAUUGAUAUAUUUAAUGGUGAUGUCUGAGGGAGACUGUGGGGACUGUCUGUGGAUCUCCCAUUUUUGUAUCCUAGGACUUAAUCCUGCCUUUAUCAAGCAUCAUAGAGCCAUUCUAAUGGUUCACUUCCUGCAACUGGGGUUAGGCUUUUUAAAUAUAUAUAAUAUAUAUUUUUUUUUUUUUUAUUCUUGUAAAAAUCUAUUUACAAGAAUUUACAAUUUUGAACAUUAAAUAAUUGAAUGAGACUAUUGACGUUGGAGCCUUUUAUGUGCAGAAAAAAAAAAAAAUUCCCACAGAGAUUUAUCUACAAUUUUCUAGAAAUACAUUAUUUAAAAUUGCUAUAAUGUGUUUUUUCAUCGUGUGGUGCUUGAUUAUUUUUAUAUUUAAAUAUUUUUAGCAUAUGCCAUCACAAUCUAGUUCAGGCAAGGCACAGCCAGGUCACAUACUGCACAUGAAGAAUUAUUGAACAUUUAAAGAGGUUUUCUAACCCAUUUUAAUAGUUCAGAGAAUAAUGCCCUAUUGGCAUAAUUCUACAUGUCCAUUCCCCCAACCGGUGCCGACUUCCAAUAAGUCUUCUUAUAGAGAAGCCUUUAGAGAAUUUUAUUGGCUUAGGGCGCAUGAAGGUGCACUGAGCUGGAAAGGGGAGGGUGGGUAACUUAAAAAUAAAAGAAGGGUUUGGGAGGAAGUGGGUAUUCCUUCAGGGUAGUAGGGGAGAGAAGAGGUUCUCCCCUGCAAGUGAGGUUAGGUCUGUCGGCUGCAUGCAGUGAGCACUGGCAACAGAUGUGUGCCUACCACCAUGACCACAUCAAAAAGCAGAAGUAGUCAUGGUGGUUGGAAGAGCCUUUUUAAUAUCUCUCCUCUGUAUGCUUUCUUUAAGACCGGUGCAAAGUACUGAGCUUAUAACCAUGAUUGACACGGUACUAAGUUGGAGGCUUCUAGUUGUAGGAUAACUUAUUUUGUUAAAUAUUGAAGGCCUAACAUCAAGUUGUUCAACAAAUAUAUAUUGUUCGGACACCUAUGAGCCGUCUCACUGUAUUUUAUAACUUGACAGGAGGCUUCGUAUUUGCAUUAACUUUAUUUACUAACUCCAUAGCAGCAAAGAAAAAACUGUUAAAAGAAAGAACCAUAGUGCGUCAGAGUGUAUAUAAGUCCAAGCAUAACCAAUCAUUUCCUCUUUCUUUGCUGCUCCAUCACAAGUCAGGUCAGAGUACUGAUUUCUUAACUGUAUUGUUAUGCAUGUUAGGAUCUUAUGCUAGAUUUUGUUGUAUGUAAAGACUUAUUUCCUGGGGGUGGCAGGGGAUUCCCUACUUGUUUAGUCACCUGGAGCGACUGCCAUUGGAUGGGCUAACCCCUUUUCCCCUCAGAACCACUCGGAGACGGCAGCAUUCCCCUCUCCUCAAGUGGCUACGUUCGCCACUUUCCGCACUGGUUCCCCGCCCUGUUCGCACUGCCAUCUUUGCGAACGGAGCGGGCUUCCAAUUGAAUUUGUGCACUUUGGAAUGGACGCAGCUCACUGCGUUCGGCUAUUUACGCCUGUUCGCGCUAAUUGCACGAACAGUGCGACCGCGCAUGGUUUCAUGCCUUUCUGCACGAAAGGGCGGCUAACUGAAGCUUACCAUUCGUGUAGAUUGGCACGAAAGGACUGACUUCACAGUACCAGUUCAUUCACGGUUUUCUCCACCUAGGGCGUCCACCUAACGCUUCACUUAACAUUGCAUUCGCGACUUUACCCGCUUUCGCAGGCUUUUUCCUGUCAGCCACGCAGGGUCUCUCGCGGUGGCCAUUUUGUUGGUGAAGUUUAGUAGGAGUACAAAUCACAGCAAGCUAAGGCUCUCAUUUUGGACGAAUUUCAAGCGGAAUUGCAGAGGUGAAGUCUGAGUUGCACCUACACAAGUUGGUGUUAUUACCCCUGGGGAGUGGGACUGCCAGUUAGGUAUACCCUAGUAGCCUGGCAAGGGGAGAGCCCCCUUUGAAAACUUCCCUAAGCGCUGCCUAACGGAACCUGUCCAAGCAGUUUCCGAUGAUCUGGGUGAGCCCCAGUGUGAAAGAGCCACUGAGCGAUUCAUAUUAAUAUGGCCAAAGGCCUGUUCAGGUCCCUCCCACACGGCCCCUCACCUCUAAUACCUAUACCUGUGCCUGUAAAAUAGUUCCUGAACUAUGGAGGACACAAUUAAUACAAGUGACCUUCAGACUAUGAUCAAUGCAGCGGUAGCUGCGUCCUAAGAAAAGGCCGACUGGCAAACAACGCCAAAAUAAGGAAGACUCGAAUGACUCCUCUAAGGAGAAAGAUCGCCCGGCACUGGAAGGACGAAGGGUCCAAAAAGGCCACCACUGAAGCACAGUAAGCAUGCUGUCGACAGCUCCCACAUAUACAGGGGGGAGAUCCUCGGAUGAGGAAAACUAUAUGCCCCACUCCAUUUUGGAUGAGUGGCAGGCAGAGGCCUCCGAAUCUGACGAAGGUGAUUGGGGCUCCAACGCCUAUGUUAAGGAGACCUUCCUGGGUGAGCACCAGUGUAAAGGAGAGGUGGAAUCCUCUGCCACAGCCAACACGCAGGAACAAGAAAUAUUCCUGGACGCCACGGGGCAGAGAAUGUUUGACCCCAGGAACAUUUGGCACCCCCACUCUGGGGAAUAGGGUCCCGUCUGAGCAUCUACUCCGGUUUAUGCAUUUUUGGAUACAUAAACCACUGGAAAAAUAUAUGCAAGAGGAUGAGGGCGGAGUGCCCCAGACCUUCACUGCCAGACAAGGUGGCCUUUACGCCGGAGUUCGACCAGCUCAUGCUGACGUUCAUGGAGCAAGGAGGUCGCGAUCCACGCAUAGGGAUCGAAAAGAGUUUUAAAGGAGCGCAGGACAAGCUCCUGGACACGAUGGGGCCACUGGCCCGAGUGAUGUACCUGGCGAUCGAGGUCUACACCAGAGUGGACUUGUUUACAGCGGACAUGGUGCGCGAAUGGGCACAUGAUAUCCGAGACUGGACCCAGAGGGGUUUCUGUUUUCUCAGAAAUACCAAUGCGGCCCUCUCAGCAUAGCGGCGCCGCGCAGCACUUUUCUGUAUAGACGCCAAACUGGCUGAUCUGAGGGUAAAAGAACUGGGCGCACAGGGCAAACUCUUUGGCGAGGCCUUUUUUGAAAGAGCUGAAUAAACAUGUAACUGUAUUUACCUCGCUGAACAGAGCCCGCACAUCCAUGCGCAAGGUCUUCCGAGGCAACCCCUCAAGAGGUGUGUGUGUGUGUGUGUGUGUGGGGUUUUCUUUUUUUUUUUUGUUUGUUUUUUUUGGUUUUUUUUUUUCAGGGCUGGUCGGCAGCGGGGCCGUGUCACCAGCCGAUUCUGGCCAUCAGGCCCUCGCCUGGGGGACACACAGCAAUUGUUCCCGAAACAAGGUUGAGGACACCAGCUCUAGACAACACUACCCCUAGUGCCAAAGGAGCACAGACAGAGGACGUGGUGGUCGUGGACGUGCCUGCGCAAGAUUCCCUGCAGGUAAGAGACCAACACUUAUCAAUGCCUCAACUAACUUUGUAUGCAGGCCGUGUUUCUCUUUUUUUGACCAUUAUUGGGCAAAUCUGUGGACAGACGCUUGGGUACUACAGACGGUCAAGGGGUACCACAUCAAAUUACAAACUCCCCCCGUACAGAGGCAUCCUCUCAACCUCAGAUGUUCACCUCAUAGAAGUGUAGCUCCGCAAACUACUCAUGAAGGGAGCUAUACAACCCGUGCACGAACGAGGAGGCUUCUUCAGCAAUAUGUUCCUCGUCCUCAAGAAAACCGGAAAUUUCAGGCCAGUGAUCAACUUAAGGGAACUGAACACAUGCAGGGCAUACACUUACAGAGGGACCUCUUUCAGGAAAAGGAUUGGUUUAUGCGUGUAGACCUCAGACGCAUACCUAUCGAUCCCACUCCACGAGGACAGCCGUCCCUUCCUUCGGUUCCUAUGGAACGGCUUCCCAUGGCAAUUCACAUGCCUCCCUUUUGGGCUGAGUUCCGCACCAUGGUGCUUCACGAAAAUGUUGAAACCAGUGAUCACACACACUCACGGGAUCAGAUGCAUCCAUUUACCUGGACGAUAUUCUCUUAUUCUGCAGAACAAGGGAAUUGGCCAUACAACACACUGAAUGUACGGUACAAUUAUUAGAAUCACUGAGCUUUGUUGUCAGCAGGGCCAAAUCCGCAAUGAACCCUGUACAAAAAUUCCAAUUCCUGGGCUUCGAGAUACACUCCACCUCCCAUCUACCAAGGAGAUCCGCAGAGUACUCAAACUAGACUCCGCCAACUGGCACGGAUUGUUGGACUACUGUCCUCAACAAUACAAGCCAUAUUUCCGGGUCCUCUGCAUUACUGUGCCGUGCAAUGGUUCAAAGCUCGCUUCCUGUGGAGGAACCCCACGUACAACCAACUAGUCCCGCUGAUGGACGAAGUACAACAAGAACUUGAAUGGUGGCUCAACUGUUUGCAAGCCUGGAAUGGUAGGAUCAUCUUCGGCAACCACCCGGACUUCAUCCUGGAAUCGGACAUGAGUCGAUGGGCUGAGGCGCCACGGAUGGAGAAGCAUCCACAGGAGGUACGUGGACAACCCAAGAACUCUCGAUGCACAUCAACUGCCUGGAGUUAUUAGCAGGGUCAUUUGCUAUACGCAGCCUAACAAAAGGACAGUCCAGUUGUUGUAUACUUCUACGGAUGGACAACUUAUCGACAGUACGAUACAUCAGUCACUUGGGAGGUACCCAAUCACACACACUGGUGAAUUUGACGAAGGAGAUCUUCGAUUAUUGCAUCCCGCGCAACAUCACGUUACACGCAGAACACGUACCAGGGGAAUCUAACCUUGCAGCAGAUUGGUAUUCCUGACACUGGAGAGACGCCAGCGACUGGCAACUAAACCCGCAGGUAUUCGCCCACCUAAAUGAACAGAAAUGCCCUUUCCUACUGGAUCUGUUUGCUUCACGCAACAACCACCAGGUACCACAGUUUUACAGCUGGUUCCCAGACCCAGAAUGCCUGGCGGUAGACACUUUCACCCAACACUGGCCAAUACAAGGGGCUUAUGCCUUUCCCCCAUUCACCAUGAUCGCGAGGGUUCUCCACCACAUCCGGAGACGAGUAGUGAGACUAAUCCUCCUGACGCCUCUCUGACCGAGCCAACCUUGGUUCCCAGACCUUCUCGAAUUGUCUUACCAGAACCAGAUUCUACUGCCGAACAACUACAACCUACUCAGGGUUCCAGCAGGGAACCCACACCCAAUGCAGUUGGACGGUCGCCUAACCUUGGUGGCCUGGACUCUUUUCAGGGGAACAUGGUGUACCAACGACUGUUUCAGAUAUCAUGAAUUUCCUCUCGUUUAACUUCGAGUAAGUCAAAUCGUAUCGCACCAUCAAUGUUCUGAGAUCUGCUAUCUCUGCAGCCCACGUGCCAUCCCAGGGGAGAGCAGUCGGACAGGACCCUCUAUGUCUACUACUACGUGGCAUCAAACUAAGACGACCCCCAACGCUUAAGUACCAAUAUCUAUUAGAUGUGGUCCUCCAUUUCCUGAGGGAAUGGGACCCCUAAUGAACUAUUGUCUCUGAAACAACUGACGACCAAGUUCACUUUCCUAUUGAACAUUGUUUCAUUCCGGGCGUUCGACAAAGACAUUUUCUCCAUAGACCCGGAGGGAGUCACAUUCCAAAUCUCACGACUGACUAAAUCUGACUCUUCAUCGGUGUUCUACCCAUUCUUCAACUCAGACUCUCAACUUUUGUGUGGUUAAGACUCUGCGGGCAUAUGUGGCGGCAACAAACGUUGCGCCCACCAGCAGCACGACAACUAUUGGUGUCAUAUGUUUACCCGCAUGGUCCGGUUUCGACUACCACACUGGCCAGAUGGAUCAAAUGGCUCCUCUCCCUAGCCGGCAUAGACUUUGCCCUUGGAGUGCACUCCGUGCGAGGGGCAGCGGCAUCAUCAGCUUUCCUGGCAGGCGCAUCGCUAUCAGACAUAUUACAAAUGGCGGACUGGUCCCGCGAAUCAACGUUUUGGACUUUCUAUUUUCGUCCAACGCCGCAUUCGCUCUUCUACCGAAGCAUUAAAAUUGGAAAUACGAAGCCUCCUGUCAUGUUAUAAAAUUGAAGAUUAUGCUAGUACAUUGUACUAAUAAUCUUAAUUUUAAUAAUGACAAGAGGUGAGUAUUCCCCUCCCCUUCAUCUUGACGUUCCCACCUUAAUGAAGGUAAGUUAAGGUUAACGGGUAUCGAUUGUCUCCAGUAUUUAAAGUUGGGUACGGAUACAUAUGUAUGGGGGGGGAGGGCUGAUCAGGAUUUCUAAUCUGUUAACACAUAGCCUAAUACAAAAUACUAGAACGGCUUACAGUUACAAGUACACUGUACCAACUGCAAUUGGCUAACUAAUCCACAACCACCUUUUGACCAAUGUGCUUAUUGGUUAAGUAAUGUGUACCACCCUAGAUCAAUGUGUCUAUAUAUUUUAUUAGCCGUGUGUAAUAAAAUGAUGCUCGUUUGGAAUAGAUUGCGUUGUCGUAGUAUGUGUUAUUGAACAUGCCUCUUCCCUGCGCUGCAGAAAUCUGUGGACCAGCCCAAUGGCAGUUUGGGGCUCUUGAGGACCCUGAGCUAAUAUUCACUUCAGAUGUACCCAAUAUAUUUGUAAGGUGAUCAUAAAUAAUACUUAAGGGGGAACUGGCACUUUCCAGGAUUUUAAGACAUUCUGUAUGUGAGCUAGUCUAUUAUAGUGACGGUCUGGAAGGUGGUUACUUUAAGGUAGAAAUAGCUCAGUCGCCAAGCUAGAAUAUACUUCUUAACCCUGUAUAGAUAAAAGAAAACCCACCCCCUAUCUCUAGGUUUGUAAAUACAAACUAAAAAUCAAGCAGCCCAAGUUAACAUGAGAGGUUGCACACUGAUUGUAGUAAAAAUAUGCCUAUACUAUUUUGUAUUACACUUUAUGAAGCCCUCUUGACUGAGGGACGGUAUGCUGUUGGCUGCACAAGAGUGGUUGUUGGCCAAAUGAAGAGCACUUGCAUGGAAUUGGUUUGGUAUAGUGUGUUGACUUGAGUUACCACUUAUUACAGCGAAUGAACGCUUGAAUGAGAGCUUAAACUAUACGUUGGAAGUCAGUCUGCUCAUCCAUGUGUAAUGUUUUACCUCCUAUGCCAAUGGGGGGUGUGUGGUCCACCCCAGUGUGUUUAAAAUAACAUUCCUGUGUUGAGUGAUGUCAUAUUCUGGCUCCUGGCAUCACCACAGGAGGCGAGUGGGGAAGCAGUGAGCAACUGAAAGAACAUCCGUGCUUCUUGGCACCUGCUACCUGACUCCACUCUCUCUGGUAUAUUUCAGCAGAGUAAGCAGGUGGCUACUUUGCUUUACUGAAAAAGAGCCUGCUUCGAGCACCCUAAGGUGUCCAGCCAGGCACCUUUUAAUCUUCUUCAGUCUUGACUUGCCCAGAUUACCCCUAUAGGAUAUCUAAUGGUUGUUGCUACCUGCUGCUCUUUACGUUUAUCAUGUUUUGGCAGUCCUUAUAAUGGCAUAUUGUGCACAGUGGGAUUGUUUUCUUUUUAACCCCUUAAGGACACAUGACGUGUGACAUGUCAUGAUUCUCUUUUAUUCCAGAAGUUUGGUCCAUAAGGGGUUAAAUAUUCUCACCUGCAAAUCCCUCCACAGUUGUAUCCUAAACUAUAUGUUCUCUCUAAUUACCUGUUUGGACAACAAUCAUCUGUCUUCUGUUAACAUCCCAUCUCCACUUCUUGCUUAAAGGGGCAGUCUAAGCACUAAAGCCACUACAACUUGUUGCAAGGAGUUGUUGUGGGUGCUGUGCCCAGGAUUUGUUAAACCUUCUAGCCAACUCAUCAGACUACUUUUAGUUUAAAGUUAUGAUUAUUUUAUUUUUUUUAGUCUCUCUGUAGCCCCGUUGACUUUCUCACGUUUCCGCUUGUAUGUGUGGCUCUGCCGCAUAUAUUGGUACCUAAAGAAACACUCAGAGCGCUGAUGUGCUUAUGGUGCCUGGAGGGCUCUGUGCCCCCUGGCCACUCAUACAAGUUUUUACAGUGAGGGAUGCAAGUACACUCCUGGGAAAAUGACUAAGACUUAGUGAGGUGGUUGCUCAUUCCAUAUGUUGAAGUUUUCAUGGCUAAUAUAUGUAGAUUGCACUCCGUGAAAGAGGCCAACUGUGGUUGUUGAAAAAGGUUGUGCCUAUGAUGUGAACUCCAUAAAAUCCUCAUGGCUUACAUCAAGCUGUUAACAAUGCCAGACAGUAUUCCAACUGCAUCAUGGGCUGUGUUUUUGUCCAGAGAAAAUGGAAUCCCCUUGUGACUAAUCUCCACUCAACGGACUAUAAUGGUAUUAGGAGUAUUAAUGUAAAGUAAGCAAUAUAGCCUAGGGUAGUCUGUUGGGCUCGUAGAGACAAAGAGGAAUACAAAACUAAUAAUAUUGUGGAGAUAAGAUGAUGUUAAAAUGGUAUCCUAUGCCAAAAAAAUUACAAUUCCCCCCCUUAUGACCUUUUUAGUAAUACUCAUGAUCUAUAACUUCCUGGCAAAGGAAGACUAUUGUAUUUUUAAAAGUUAUUAUUGAUGUCUAUUUCUUUGUCUCAUCCUGUAUGAUUUUUAGCUAGUUAAUAUCCACUUUUUUCUUUUUCUUUUUUUUUAAAAGCUUGGUUAAAUGGGUCUAUACCGAGUGUAUUUAUUAUAUUUAAUGUACUUUGUAAUAUUACAAUUUUUUUUUGUUAAAAUAUUUUAUAGCUAUAAUUGCUAAAAAACAAACAAAAAAAAAAACCUUACAAUUUUAGUCUUAAAGAGCUGAUUUGUAGAACAAUCUUCAUGUGUCUACCCUAUUUUGUUUCCUCAGGAGCUGUGAGUUUUGGCUCACCCUGACACUGGAGGCCUCAUGGAUUCCUGUGGGCUGCACUAGCCAAGCAGGGAUGUUCUCUAGAAGAUCUUUGCUUCUCUGGGGUGUCCUGCUUGCUGCUGCUCUCUCAGCUGCCAGGCCCCCUUCCAUUCUGCCAGACCAAGGUAAGCAUAUUUUUCUUUUCUUCUUAACUGGUCUUAUUUUUUUAAGGUGUCCGUCAUAACUUUACACCUAUACCAUGUCAAACAUUUUAGUAUUUUUAUUUUUGGGAAGUUCAUUAUGUGUUGGCUGUUUAACAUUCACACAUUGAAAUUAUUCUGUUUUACAAGUCUUAUCAGCAAAAUAAUUUAUCCAUUGAUACUGUUGGUUUUUGUCCCAAUUAAUUUUUGAAGCAUAUAUAAUAUAAAUUCAACUAAAUUAGUGGUGGUUAUUUUUUUUAAGUGGGGGUGGGAGAGUAAGAAAUCCUGUACUGGUCAAGGCCUGUGUGUGUGUGUGUGUGUGUGUGUGUAUAUUAUUUUUCCCUCAUAUUAUUUUUUUUUUUUUGAAUUGCAUUUCUGGGUGUUCUAUGACCUUUUUCAAACCUUUGUACCUCCCUUCUGAGUAAAUGUGGCAGGGAGGUGUCUGCCUUUUUAAUCUACUGUCUUUAAGACUGAUAAGAAAUGAUUUAUCUUGACAAUAAUAUAAAUGCCUGCAAGGUAACUGCUUCCUUGGAGCCAACCCUUUUAGUGUCUCACUAAUCUUUAACUCUGCUGCCAGUUUAAUCUACUAGAUGAGUGGUUAAAAGUGCGCUGCCAAAUGUCCCAGGUAGUUUAUCCUGUAAGUGUGUAUACAGUUUUACAUAAGGUGAGCUAAAUACUACCUGAGCUCAAAUGGUGUAUAAUUGAACAGGUUCCAAGCCCUAAGGCAUGCACAUUAUCCAACACCAACUUCCUGUGUUUUUUUUGUUUGUUUUUUGUCCUGAUGAAGGACUUGAAUUUCUAUAGCCGCAGGGUGUCUAUACUCCACUUCUGGGUAAACAGAUCACAUACUUCUCUUGACAACCCUUCUGUACAUGUACCAGAACACUGCCUCGGGUUACUGAACUUUUCUAUACACCUAAACAGAUAGGAUUUCCGGCAACGGAGAACCCGUAGGGGCCUGAAUAGAGAAAGCAAGGGUAAUGUUGUAAAACGAUGUUCUCAUCUAGAAGAACUUACAAUUAUUCAGUAUGAGUAGAAAUGUGGAAAUUGAGUAUCAUGGGAUUGAAAUGACACACCACACACAUUUAGGUUACCAUUGUGUCUAUUCCUAUUGUUAUAAUAUUAACCAGUUCAGAAACAGUGUAGGUUGCUGUAGUUCAUACUUUUGUGUCUGGCUUGCAGUGUUGUGUUCAGGAACCAAUGUGCAGACAUUAAAGGUGACUUUUUUAUUUUUUUUAUUUUCUGUAUACCAGUCAUUUUGACUACCCAUCCCAAAAAAAAAUGUCCAUCAUGGACUGCAAACAUUACUUCCUACCUCAAACAAGAAGAAUCUAGGAAUGCUUUGUGUCUAGGCUUGUGAGUAUUUGGGAGGGGAAAAGCAGUGUUCUGAAGAGGGUGAGGGGCAAGAAUAACACUUUUGGAAAGGCAUAAGGUCAGGGGCCAACUGGAAACAGCUGGGGCUCUUUUUUUUUUUUUUUUUUUUUUUUAAACUCCUUUUUGGUGGUGGUAAAGGGAUCAAAAGGGAGAGGUUAAUCCUUCAUCUGAGGACUCACAUCGUAACUAAACAGAAUUGCAAAUUUAAAGCACUCAUCCAUGCAACACCUUCCUGACCUUUACCAGCCAAUUAUUUCCCAAGGAAAGAGAAGUGGAACAGCUCUGCUUAUUGUAUCUGAAAUCAAGUGGGGGGGGGGACGACGGCAUUUAUUGGUCUUCCGUUGUGGUCCUUAAGUGGUUGGGAAUUAUGUAACAAUACUCCUGAUAGCCAGCAUAUGUUGAUCCAAAAAAUAGGUGUCAGGAGUGGGCAAUUCCACUCUGUAUGCUUUCCACAGGAGAUUUAGAUUGUAUUGCAUCUGUGACAUUGGGAAGAAAAAAGGUGAUUUGGAAAAUCCUGUUCGAAAGAUAGACCCAAGUCUGUGUCAUAAUUAAUAAGUAGUGCAUAGGCUAGUUUCUUACCAGUAGAAUACAUAUGUUAAAAUUUGGCUUUUUUUUUUUUUUUUAACCAAGCACAUACUGUAAGAUAUAAGGAAAAACUGUAUCUGGGCUGGUAACAUUUUUGAAUACUGAAGGUGUGUGUUAAAGUCCUGUACAUAAAACUACACAAUAUUAAAUGGUUGCAAACACUUAUAAUUUUAAUGCUAGCCAAUGUAAUAAAAUGUUAUAGUACGGGUUGACCAUAACUCACUCCCCUCUGCCCUCUCCUCCCUCAUUCUAAAUUUCUUUAAAAAAACAAUUCCUGAAAACUUGCUUUUCCAAGAAGGCAUUUUAAUUAAACAGUUACCAUUUCUCUCUUCCACGACUCACUCCUUUUGCAUCUUUCCUGCAUCUGUGUCCUCUAAAAAAACAAAAUAUAUAAAAACUUCAUUGUAACCUCUCCCAGCAAUAGCAACCUACUUACCUUUUACCUUUUGUGUCAUUUUACCCCUCUCCCCUUAGAAUGUUAAGCUGUUGGCUCAGAGGAGGGCACUUGCAAUGUCUUCACUAAGAACCAUAACUAGGGCUCACUGGAGGGUAUGAUAUGGCUUACAGUGAUGAAUAACUUUUUAGACCUGCUUAGCAGCAUAAGACUACACCUUAAGUCCUGCCAUAACCAUCAAUCCCCCCCCUGCUAAAUUUGUUAAGCAGUAUAUGAAGUAAACAAACUAAGCUAAUUUUUAACUAAUGACGCCAUACAAAACCAAGAUUCCACAGUUACAUGCCCUGUAGGAUCUGUGCUAAUUACUUUAAGCCAUGGCAAAUGUUGUUUAUCUAUAUCAAGGUGUUUUUCUCACUGAAUGUGUUGUUUGCAGAUCCCAGUUGCUAUUUGCACUGCUAAAUUCAUUUAAGAAGUUCACAUUACAUAAUAGACAAAUAUAUUUAUACUAUUCAUUCCUUCCUCUAUAAAUCUUGCCAACUUGAAAUCUGAAUGUUUGCCUUGUUUUUGUACUCUGCACAUAUUUGUAGUUGGGCUUUGAGGCCUAGAUGUACAUAAAUUAAUGAACCUUCCCCCAACCACUCUUCCACUGCAGACAAAAGCUGUUUACUUUUCUUUUGAGGUAUUUCCUGGGUCAGGAGGGAUAAAGGGUUUAAGUGUUUAAUGAGAAAACACAUCUUUUUAUCUCUGGAUUGUGGAAAAUGACCGGUAAAAUUGCUGUGAAAAGCUGCCUAUGCCCUAUUGGAGCACAUUUAUUUGGGAAGUAUUUCUCAUAAAGAAGUUUGUCGGGGGUUUAUGCCAUUUUUCAUUUUUAGAUUAUUGUUAUAAUAAACAAGUUUGGUUCUGUGCAGUUGGGUCAUAUUGGGGAAUCUGUAACAAACUGGUACUUGUAUUUGCGUGGGCUUUAUUUUUCAGGGGAGAUUCUCUUUUAGAUUGCAUUCACUGGGUAUAACUACUGUCAUUUCUACUCAAUAGCACAAUAUAUUUGUAAAAAUGUUUUGUACUGGUUUUCGAACUGUAUUAACUCUACACAUUUACUUAAACUCUAAACAGUAUGGGAACCAUAUGCUCAAAAACUAUACAUCACUGCAAUAUUUUAAGAUCCUUUUUUUUUUUUGUUUUUGUUUUGUCAUGGACAGCAAAAGUUGUUUGGACCUUUUGAUCAGGUGCAGUAGGGGGAGGGUGUGGCACAAAUUGAAUCACUGAUCUGACUCUUAAUAGCUACAUUACCUCCAUUCUAAGCGAAGUGUGGAUGGGAGGUUAAAGGAACAUUGUAACAUUGGUCCGAAUACAAACCUAAAGUUAGAGUAAUCUAGGGGCUAUUAUAUAGUCUCCCUAAAUCUCAAGGUGGGGGAAACAAAAAGCUUUUUACUCACCUAUCAAUCACUCUGGAGCUGCCACUCUUACCUUGUCCGAGAUCAUCAUUACUGGUGAUCUUAGCCAAUCCAAUGCUUCCCCAUUGGGAAGUGUUGGGGAGCUAGUGCACAUGUUCAACAAUCGUCUCAUAAUUGACUCAACGUCACUUUAUGGGGAGAGUUUGGUGUGUUGCUCCUGCAAAAAUUGCAGGACAACGCCAAGAAGCCUUUCUGGUGGCUGGCUCAGUGACCAUCAUUAGAGGUGGCUCUAGGCAGUAAAGUAAACCCCGCCUUUUCUUCGAAAAAGCAGUGUUUACACUGCGGAGUGAGGGGACAAUCUUUGUCCCAGAAUCACUGUAGUAGUAGUAGUAAUUCUGGUGCUUAGUGUACCUUUUUUAAAGAUCCCAUUGAUAAAUCUCCUGAUUGGUAAAACCUCUUCUUUGUACAGAGUAGCCUGUCUGCACUGGAUGUACAAAUGCUUAUUUUAUUUAAGGCAUUUUUUUUUUCAUUUUAUUUAUAUGUACAAUAUAGUGCAUAAUUGUGUUUUUUAAUAAAAUGCAGGUUUUUUUUAUUUUAUUUGAAUGAGGUUAUGCUGGUACUUUUCAAAAAAUGAGUUAAGUUUGAUAGUAUUUAAAAAUACACUUGGCAUACUGUUUGCUUUGAUCAAACACACCAGGCAAAAUAUAUAUUGGUUAGACAUUAUUCAACUUGGCUAUAUUCCAGCCUUUGGCUGUGACACAUGCUGCACUAAUGCACAAUUUAUGAGAAAAUUGAUUCCCUGUUAGUGAGGUUUAAAGCAUGUUACUGGACUGAUUGUGUUUUGCUUUAUUGCCGCAUCCUAUACAUAGUUGAAUCCUGAAACAUUAGCCACCACUCAGGUUUUUGGGAUUAGGGUACCUAUGGGCUUAUUUGUAUGCUUCAGGAAGUAGAAGGAACACAUUAAACUAGGCCCCAUUGGCAUUACUAUGGAAACCAGCCAGUGCCUGCUGCUUGGAACCAUUCACUCUCUUUUGUCUAAGUUAGGCUUUGUAUAAGGCCUUUUAUGGUAUACCCUCCAUCAGCUUAGAUUAGUUUUGCAUCCGCAUGCCUCGCUCAAUUUGCAUUUGAAAGUGGAUGUAUCUCUCCCUCCCCUCCAAAAACUGUGUAUGUAUAUAUAUUUAUUUAGAGUGUGUGUGUGUGUGUGUGUGUGUGUGUGUAAAAUACACAAGAUCUCUCAAAAUAUAGGCAUGGAAAUGCACUUGUUACUUUUUUUUUUUCUUUUUUUUUUUUUUCUCCUGUACGGUUUAUGAAUCACGUUGGAAUGAAUGCAUGCAUUUGUCUAGUCUAAAAAUAAGAUGUCAGACUGUACAGUGUUUUUCAUAAUGCUUUCCUAUGGACGCUGGCGUGCUCUCACUGUGAAAAUCGGUGAGAAGCACGCAAGCGCCUCUAGUGGCUGUCAAUGAGACGGCCACUAGAGGAUUAGGGGGAGCUAUGUUUAUGAAAAAAUGGGUUAACCCUAGCUGGACCUGGCACCCAGACCACUUCAUUAAGCUGAAGUGGUCUGGGUGCCUAGAGUGGUCCUUUAAGCAUCUAAUUUGCAUGUGGUUCAAAGAGACAAAGAUUUAAUUUCAAAGGAAGUCCUUUUUCCAGCCACUAAGAAAUCUCCUGCAGCCUGAUCACAGGAGCAAAUCAUCUUGGGAUGUUACUUAUAUUUGUUUUGAUUUUAGAAUGGUAACUCUUGUAUGAAUGUGUAUAUAUGUGUGUGUAUAUAUGUAUGUGUGUGUGUGUGUGUGUGUGUGUGUGUAUAUAUAUAUAUAUAUAUAUAUAUAUAUAUAUAUAUAUAUAUAUAUAUAUGUGUGUGUGUGUGUGUGUGUAUAUAUAUAUAUAUAUAUAUAUAUAUAUAUAUAUUUAUAACAAGCCAAAGAAAAAUCAGCACUCCCAGGAUUUGUAAAUAAGCCAAAAAAUACUUUACUCCACAGGUCAACGUUUCAGCUCCUCUUGGGAGCUUUCAUCAUUUUUUAAAUAAUUGUUUAUUAUUUGAUAUAUAUCUAAUGUUGAGAAUUUGUCAUGCUUUAGACUUUUCUAAAUUGGGACUUCCAAUCCAGGUUGUGCUGAAUCGUCCCUGUAUGAUAUGCCCUUUUCCUGUUUGGGGUAUUUAUUGGUACAAUAAGGGACUUACCUGUGUCCUUUUGUUAGAUGUUCUGUCCAAUAGGGAUUUUGGACAUAGAUGACUAUAUAGAUUUAUGGAUUGGCAUGGAGUUAAUCUUGGAUUCUAGGCACUGAUUCACUUUAAUUACUGAUAUUGUUUAUUUUUGCUUUUCACGUGAAUAUAUGCAUGUGCACUUUAUGAUUAAUUUUGGAUAGAUGUACAAUUGACUAUGAACUUGGCACAUGAUUAAGGAUACAUCCCUAUGGAUGUCUGAACAUGAAUAUCACUAUAAUUAUAUACACAUAUUGGUAAUGACAUUACUGUCUAUCUUUAUAACACCUUGUUUAAGGUCUUUUCACAGUAUGCUAAUUAUUAGUUCAGCAUGUCAUUAGUGGGUUAUUUAUAAUUUUUAUAUGAUAUGGGACCGUUAUUUGGAUCCUAGCUAUUGGUGUUGUCACUAUUGUAUCUAUAUAGAGGUGGAUAGUACCAUUACCCCUUGGUUUCGAUUGUAGGAUUUAGGGGCUUGCUCUGUAUAUGUGGUUUUUUUUCCCCUUUCUUUAGAUUUCAGUAUAGACACAGGUUACAGCUCUAAUUUCUUCCUCGGUGGAGGACAGAUGUAGAGACCGGAAUAUCUAAGUUAGAUGCGCAUGCGUCCGGUAUUACUAUGACUACGGACGACGCAGCCAUUCAGGAAGUAACUGAGGAGAUCGUGGUUAGACACAAUGGCGUCCCGAUCUCCAUGGCAACGUAAUGAACCUGGUGAUGUCACGUAUAUCACGUGACGGCGUGAGCAGGAAGUGGGGAAAUGCCGGGAAUUGAUAGCGUUUGAGCGGACGCCCGAGAGGAAGGGAGGUUCUCCAUCAGCACACCUGGAUUGUGAGUUUUAAUUGGAUUUAUGUCCUUAUUUAAGCUGUGUUGUUUUUCAUUCAUGUUUUGUAUGCUGUCCUGAUGAAAGCUCCCAAGAGUAGCUGAAACGUUGACCUGUGGAGUAAAGUAUUUUUUGGCUUAUUUACAAAUCCUGGGAGUGCUGAUUUUUCUUUGGCUUGUUAUUUAUUGUGCAAUCGAGCACCGGGUUCUAUUUCAUGUUUGGUAGGAGUGCAAGGCUUUCUUUUGAGAUUAUAUAUAUAUAUAUAUAUAUAUAUAUAUAUAUAUAUAUAUAUAUAUAUAUAUAUAUAUAUAUAUAUAUAUAUAUAUAUAUAUAUAUAUAGAUAGAUAGAUAGAUAGAUAUAGAUAUAUAUUUCCUUAAAGGUCAAUCUUAACUAAAGUAUUUUGUCAUUGGUAAAAUUAUCAGUGUUAAUCACGUAUUCCUUUAAAUCUUUUAAAUCUUGCCUGCUAACAAACCAUGCCAUUGGUAAUCACUUUCUCAUUGUUAAAUACUGCAGGAAGAGCUAUUUUUAUGGAUUUGGUAAUGCAGGUGUUAAAGACGAAUACCAGUAAGUCUGGUGAUGACUAGCACAUGUGUCAUCAAAUCAUUGAUUAGAUCUGUUGCUUUCCCUUUACGAACAACCUUUGUAUUGCUAGUCUUUUUAUACUGAACUUUAAAGUUAUGGUUAUCUUCCUACCACAAAGGUAGGUGAACAUAAAGCCUAUACAUGGUACUUGUGAAGUGAUCUCCAAGUGUAUAUGUUAAAGGAACAUUUGGACCACCUUAAACACUUUAUGCGAUGUAAUGCUUAUGGUAGAGACACAGUGUGCUGUGCUGAGAGCACAGUAAUAGAAAUCUCUAAUUUUUGGUGCGUCUGACGCAGGUAAAAUUCUCGUUCCAGUCGAUUCCCAAAAGCCUCUGUCUUUUGGACGGCUGAAUAAACCAAUUAUACCUUCAUGCCCUGCCGUGAUCCCAAUAUAAGUAGUCAAAUCGUUUUUAGAAAGGUUAACUUUUAUUUGCCGGGUACCAAUCUCUCGCCAUUAGUCUUCAGAGAGCCAACAUCUCACUGCCUGAGCAAUGCCUAGAGGUGCAGGCCCUGGAUCAUUGGCUGAGAGCAAUUUACCAACAAGCAGUGCUUUUCUCGGGGAACCUUACAGAAGCUCCUAAUCUUCCAGCUCUCUGAAAGCUGUAGGUGAGCAUUGCCUGCAGACCCUGUUAAGUCAAGCCAUUUUAAAAUGAGUGAACAACUUAUAAGGAAUAUGGGGAUCCAGAAGUGGUGUCAAGCUAAGAUGCUCAUCUGAAGACUGUAUCUGCCUCACUGAAUAUGGCUGUAACAGCUCUGUGCAGCUGUGUCCAUAUUUUACUCAUUACACAGUCCUACAAAAUGUUCCUUAUGGUUGGGCUUUUUAUUUUAUUUAUUUUUUUUAAAUAACAUACGAAUAUUAACUUAGCAGUAAGGGUAUAGUCAAUACCUUGUUAAACACAGAUCUGCAACUAUUAGUCAAGUCAUAAGAGCUUUCAAAUUUGCAGUGAUGUUACUACUGCAAGGGAUUCUGGGUGGGAAUAUUCAAAUUCGUUGAACAAAGCAUCACUUGUGUUUUUUUUGUUUUUGUUUUUUUUCCCCCUCUUUAUGCCAUUUUAAACAUGGAUUCCUUAAUGUUUGUUUGCUGUGAAGUUUUUCAGGCAAAUUGAUAUGGUGUGGGGUGGGGUGGGGGGGGAGAAGAAGAAGAAAGUUAUUGAAAACCCCUUCCACCUGAAGUCUGUGGAUAGACAAGUAACAUAGGUGUGUCUUUUUAAAAUGUACCCCUAUAGACUAGACUAGAAUUAGGAAUGCGUGUGUGGUGUGGCCAGGGGAGGUGCUGUUCUGAAAAACUUCAGGUGAUUUAAUUCAAUGCUUUCCUAUGGGGAGGCCUGUGUGUCUCUCGCCACACAUUAGGUUCCCCCUAGUGAUGACAUUGGAGGAGGCAGGGACAAACCCAGCGCUAAGGUUCCUGGAAUAAGGUAAAUGGUUAAAAAGGGGUGUGGGUUUUUAUUUUUUUACCCUUUGAUAGCUGGAGGGGGGCUUGGGGCAGAAUCCCUAGUGUUGAGCACACAAUACACAUCAAACCAAUCCUCCUAAAAAAGGUCCCCUAUUUUGAGCCCAAAUCCCCCUGUCCCUCAUUUCUAUCCUAAUGUCCCACUUCUCUAGGAACUCCAGAUUGUUGGUGUGCGAGUGUAUAGUAGAGCUUUAUAAAGCUGUAUUCCUGUAUUUUUCCAUUGCUUGGAUAUUUAAUUUUGAAUAUUGGUAAGUUGCAAUUUUUAUUAUUUUUCUUAAUUUUCUAUACUGACUUCUUUAUUUCUGUAUUUCAUUGCCAUGAGUUCUUUCUUUUUAUUUUCCUUGCACCCUUUGCCCUGCUCUGUGAAGCAAGCAGCUGGGUUAAACAUUAUCAGAGGUGGGUAGGGUAAAUGGUUCACAGGCUCUUGUUAUGUAUAAUCUAGGUUAAUGAAGUAUUCUGGUGUUUAGUGAUACAGAAAUCCUCCUCUUAAUAAACUGAAGUGAUGGGAGGUUCAUAAAGCGCAGCUGUGUUCUUCUAGAACAGGAGGUUUAGUUGGAAUUAAAAGGAGCGUUUUCAAGUAUAUGUUAAGUUUGAGGUGUUGUAGGGGUUCAUGGUUUUCACUUUCUCACAAAUGGCAAUGUUUACAUUUUUCAGACUAGAGACCUGGUCGGUGCACCAAAACCACUGCAUUAAGAGAUGCAGGGAUUUUUGGAGUUUAGUGUGUCGUUUAAAAAAUGUUUUGUGUUUUUUUUUUUUUUGUUUGUUUUUUUUUUUAAAUUGCAAUACAGUUCUUUGGUGUCACUCUUUUUCACAUUAAAGGAUUAAUGUGUAAUUGCUAGAGGAGCCAUAAGUCUGUCAACCAUUGUCUCCCCCGCUUCGCUGAACUCCCCAGUCUGGAUGGCUGUAGUAUGGUAAACACACAGGUAUGCAAACUCUUAUGCACAUAUUCCAUAUGUACACGGUUUAAUAAACUGCUGUAGCAAAAAUCAUGUCAUCAGCAUUUUGUCUAAUAUUUAUAGUGGAGUACUGCUAAAAGGAAUGUUGUGGAAUGAAGUCUUUCAUAAAUCUUCAUGUAGGCUUGCUUUAUUUUGACACUUCAAAUAGGGGCCUCUUAGUUGCUGGAUAACUACUACAAACUCAGGAAAACCUUUUACAGUACACCUCGUCUAUGCCAUAUUUCUCAACAUUUUACAGAGAAGUACCCCUGAAGGCCCCGAAAAAAUCUUAAGUACCCCUGCCUUGAGAAAGUAAUUUCUAUUGAUUUUGAAUUCCAAAUGAAACUGAGAACAAGCCUGAUUAAAUGUAGUAAAUAAUAUUUUUAAAAUAAAUAAAACAUAAUGUAAAUAUUAUACAUAAUGUAUGAAUAUUAAUCUGAAGUAAAGUCACAAAAUAAAAAAAAUACACACAUAACUUGUACACUGACACACAAACCUUCUCACAGACUGGCAAAUUCUAUAUCUAUCACACACUUUUUUACUAGAUCACCAAGACUUGUACAUGGUCUACUACAAUCAUAAAAAUGAAUCAACCUGCAGCAAAACCCUGUCGUGCGUUUUUUUUUUUUAUCUUUGCUGUGUUCUGUCUUAUUUGCCCCAGAGAGUUAAGGCAAACAGAAGUAGAGUUCUUCCAUAGAGUUUUUCUUGGUCAAAAUGUCACUGCUACACUGAAAUGUGAGCAAUUUAUUAAUCCAUUAAGGACCAUGUGUUAAACGGCUUUUUCAAUCAAAGGUAUAGGCUAGUGCAGAGAUAUGUAAUCCCCCUCAACUCUUGUACAGUGAUGUGUGUAAUCUGCUCCUCUGCUUUGUUAAUGUUCAAAUCUUUUACCGUCCGUAUCAUUCUGGAAACGUCUAGUUCUGUAACUUUCUGAUGAUGUAGGGGGUGGAGGGAAGCAGGAGUGAAAUUUUUCUCAACUCCUGCAAAAAGAUCGCAUGGCGAGCUGCUGUGAAUCCAUACAGCCCUUAAAACCUGUAAAAUCAAUCUGUGUUUGCGUUAUCAGAGUUUGAAGAGGUUUCUGUUAGUCACUGUAUCGGAGCCUUAUUGUAUACGUGGAUAUAUUCAGGAUUGCUAGAGGGGUUGCGUAUGUGUGGAAAAUAUAUAAUAAAAUUGAAAUAAAUUACAAGAUGCAUGUUUAAAGGAGCACAAUAGUGCCAGGAAAACAAGUUUUACUGGCGCAAUAGGGUCAUUAGGUUCCCUCCACUGUCAGGGCCCCACUCCCGCUGGGCUUAAUGGGUUAAAACUCCUUCAGCCACUUACCUUUCUCCAGCGCCGGUCUACCUCUGUGCUGGGAACUCUCCACCACCCGUCGACGUCAGAUCCGAAUGCGCGGCAAGAGCCGUGCGCACAGUCAAACAGCCCAUAGGAAAGCAUUAUUUUCACAGUGAGAAUUGCAGAAGCGGCUGUCUGGGAGACAGCCAAUAGAGGGUGGAUUAACCUUCAGUGUUAAAAUAGCAAUUUCUCUGAAACGGUUUUCAGCUUCAGGGUUAAAACUUAGAGGGACCUGGCACCCAGACCACUUCAUUUGAGCUGAAGUGGUCUAGGUGCUUAUAGUGGUCAUUUAAGAUAUACACUGUGUCAAUAACCUGAGGAGACCCUCAGGGUGGUAUUAUUUUGCAGUAAUAGAGUAUCGUUGGUGUUGGUAUUAAGGUACUGUAAAUAUAAAGAGAUAAUGUUUAAAGUAGUGCUAGGGCUUAUGUUUUGUGUAAGGAUAAUGAUUGUAGAGAUUAAUGUGAAGUAUUGGGCUGUAGUGGUUAAAGGACAACUAUACUAAUAGCCACAUUGUGAUAUAAACAUUCCAGUGCUGCCUGCAAUUAGUGGAAAUUAGUCCUGAGCGAGGGCUAUUUCAUCUGUCAUUGUUAAAGUGGUAGCUGUUCAGGAGUGUAGCUCCCACUAAUCUGAGGCAGAUUGGGAUUUGUAUGUCCCAUUUUUGUCUAAUAUUAGGGGACCCCAUGACCACUUGAAACUGAUCUGGGCAGUCUUAUUUGUUCAUUAUUGUGAAGAUAACGUUACUAUCGGUGUACUACAUUAUUCUAAAGCUUUUAUCUGCAGGAUUUUCUUUUUUUUUUUUUCUUUUCAUGACUGAGAUGUUUUAAAAUAAUGUUCUCUAUUGAACGAACUCCCAGAGGACCAAUUGCAUGCAUUUGACUUCCUCUCUGAUCCUUGUAGGACAAGAAUGUCGAGUUUACUUCCUAUUGCUUCACUCAGAGUGACAAGGGGAAGUUAUUGAGCCACAUUGGUUGGUGGUUAGAAGACGAUAUGAAUGACCCCAUAUGUUUUUUUGUAAAUAACAUUUGGGCGCUUUUAAAAAUGCAGCAAACGGCCAUACUUCUCGUAUAGUUGUUUUGACAGCCAUUGGGAAUUGUCAGAAUCUCAAACCAGGAGUAGCACUUUUACAAUGCCAACCACAAGUAAUCAGGGCAUUCACAGCUUGUUAAAGGAACACUAUAGUCACUUAAAUUACUUUAGCUAAAUAAAGCAGUUUUAGUGUAUAGAUCAUUCCCCUGCAACUUCACUGCUCAAUUCACUGUCAUUUAGGAGUUAAAUCACUUUGUUUCUGUUUAUGCAGCCCUAGCCACACCUCCCCUGGCUAUGAUUGACAGAGCCUGCAUAAAAAAAAAAACUGGUUUCACUUUCAAACAGAAGUAAUUUACCUUAAAUAAUUGUAUCUCAAUCUCUAAAUUGAACUUUAAUCACAUACAGGAGGCUCUUGCAGGGUCUAGCAAGCUAUUAACAUAGCAGGGGAUAAGAAAAUCUUAAUUAAACAGAACUUGCAAUAAAGAAAGCCUAAAUAGGGCUCUCUUUACAGGAAGUGUUUAUGGAAGGCUGUGCAAGUCACAUGCAGGGAGGUGUGACUAGGGUUCAUAAACAAAGGGAUUUAACUCCUAAAUGGCAGAGGAUUGAGCAGUGAGGCUGCAGGGGCAUGUUCUAUACACCAAAACUGCUUCAUUAAGCUAAAGUUGUUCAGGUGACUAUAGUGUCCCUUUAAAUGUAAAAUAAAUAAAUGUAGUCAAACAAUUUUAAGAGCUGAUCAUGACCUUCGUUUCUAGGAGUUCUGUAUUAUCGGGGUGUUUUGAAUGUGUAAUAGACCUCCGCAGCAAUAAUACUCAUUAAAGUGCCUUUAAACUGUAACUAACUUUAAGAAUCUGUCUGUGUGGAUGCACUGUUUUGUUCUAAAUUGCAUUUUAGUUGCAUAAAUUGUUAAGUCACUUAAAAAUUGUUUGUCAGAACUUUCCCUUGUACUACUCCCAUAUAAUACCCCUAAAAUGAAAGUGAACCUCGUGAUCCAUUUGAAAUACUAGAAGGUAUGUGAUUUGCAUUGAGGGGCAGUUCAGGAUGCACAGGGAUUUGGAAUAGCAUGCAGAUAACUCGUUAUCCUCCCCACCCCAGUUUACUCCAAACUGUGUUACCACCACUUUUUAUAUCCUUUAUUUAAAAACUGAUCACUGACCUGGAAUUUUUUUGCCCCAAGUUCUGGAAGUCUGUGUAUUUGUGUCCCAGGGGACGCUGCGAAUAAUGAAGUAUCCUUUAACAUCUAAACAAAACUUGUUUGGAUCAAGUGUGCACCUUCCUGUGGAGGAUGCUUUUCCACCAUUAAAACAACCCAGAGGGCAAAAUAUGUCAGCCUGUAUACCUGCACAUAAAUGCAUUUCUCUGUCUACGGACAACAAGUAUCUCUGUAAAAUAGUGAACGCUCACCAUAUUGAAACACUAGAUUUAUAUAUUCCAGUGCAUAUGCAUGUAUGUCCUAAAAAACCUACCCUAAACCAAUCUGUGUCUGUGUUUUAUUUUUUGCUUGCCAUUUUUAGUUGGCCAAGCCACGAAAUUAUUUGUAAUGCAUUAAAAAUGUGUAUAUUGUCUCAUGAGGAGUAUUUGCAUCAAAUCAUCUGCAGCAGGGAUAAGUGGCCAGUCCAUGACAUUAGAUUUUUCAGUGAAUGCAAUCAUCAAAUGUGAUUUGUCCAUACUUGGGCUUUGUAGAUUAGUAGUGUAUUUAAAAAAAAAAAAAAUUAUAAAGAAUUUGGAAGACCUUUUAUCAUUUCGUUAAAUUGCCCUGUAUUAAUGGUUUGUUUUGUGUUUUGGUUUUCUAUUGUAGACACUGCAUAUUUUCUUUUGUCUAAUGACAUAGUUGCUUAGCUCAUAAAUAGCUUGUAUUUCGUAUCAUUGGAUUUUUCCCCAGAGUUUACGCCUCACAUUUGAUAUGACAUGCCAGGGGCAGUUCUGAAAUUAAAUUCUACUUUGUCCAUCUUGAAAUCUGAGCUUAGCGCCAUUAUUUAAACGUGUCGCCCCAAGCAAAUUUGAGCUCCUAAGUUUAAUUUAUCCUACAGAUCUUCGGUCAGAAGGAGAAAACAAAUUGAUUUAAUAUUUGUGCAUUGGUGUUCUAUUAAAGAAAAGAAAAAGUGUAUGUACACUGAGAUACUCUAAUAGCUUGUUGUCUUACUAAAUAACACUGGUAAUGACGUUGCCUAGUAACACAUCACAUUUUUAAAUUUUUAUAUGAAAUCUUUUUUUUUUUUCUUAAGAGAACAGCCCAUUCAGGGGUAAUAAAGAAAAGAUCUAUUUAAAGAGGCACUUUACUAUGCUGUAUCCUUCAGCCCCCUUAUAAGUUAGAUUUAUAUAUGCAAUAGCCAUGGGGGAGCGGGACAAAGGCUAUAAAUGUUUGAGGGAAAUUUUCUACUAUGUGGUUACAGAUUUUAAGAAAAGGGGGAAAAAUGUUUUUGUGUUUUUUUUUUUUGUUUGUUUGUUUUUGUGUUGGUUCCCCACAAACCUUGGUAGGUAUAAACAUCUUUAUAUAGUGUGGUGUGUUAUACUCAUCUGUGUGAGACAUCUCUUUCAAGAGCUUGCUUGAAAUGGAUGAGUGCACAACCAGUUGCCUCUAAUUAAACACACACUCUUUUCCUAUGUGCAAAUCUUGCUUUUCAUUUACUUUUACAACUGCAAACAUAAGACUGUAAUGCUUACACCAAUGGUACCUUUCCACAUAAGUUGUGUGUGUGUGUGUGUAUAAUAGAAAGUAUUGGGAAGUGUAUAUACAUUUUUGCAGACUGUGUGGUUUUUUUUUUAUUUUUUUUUAUUUUUUAAUAAAUUGAGGGGAUGAUGUAUGUUGACCUAAUAACGAGAAAUGGAGAAUUGUCACACGCACACACGCAUAUUUGGCUAUGCUCCCCUGGAAAACUAUCAGCCAUGACUACAGCUAAUUUAUUACCCAGUGCUGUGGUGGAAGUAGUUGUAAUGGCACAGGCAAGCAGUGAUGCUCAAACAUCUACGGACUAAAACACCUUAUACUUAGCAUACUUAGCAUGGUUCCAAAUGUAGAAGAUGUACAUGCAGUGACAGGUUUUAUAUACUGUUGCCUGUAAAGAAUUCUUGACUUCUUUUUUCGGAUUUCUUCUUCCUCCCCACCCCCAAAUUAAUACACUGCUGUGUGUGGUUUUAAGAUCAUAAAAAUAAAUGUCUCUGAGAAUGAAAAGUAGCCAGUAUUGGUGUGAUGUAUGUUUUUGUUAUUUGUUUGUUUUUCAGUCUCUACAACAGUGGGAAAAUGAAAUAAAAAUUAGAGAUUAUAGUGCCAGGAAUGCCCUCCGGAGGAAGUAGUCAAACUGUUAAAGGGACACUAGAGGCACCCAGACCAUUAUAUCUUAAUUAAGUGGUCUGGAAGCCAUGUUCCCCCAUUUUAACCCUGCAAGUUAAAACUUUGUUGUUGUGCAAUGUUUUCAUUGCAUGAUUUAAAAACCUCUAGUGUAAAACUCUUUUUCAAAUAGUUUCAUAGACUAUCUGACAGGCGCAUCCCUGCAUAUUGCUGUACAUGCGCACUAGCCUCCCAAUGCUUUCUCAAUGGUCUUGGCCAAGGAGGCAGAGCUUCUUUUUACUCCCAAUAGGUUGGGGAUGGGGAUUUUAACGGUAAUAAGGGCACUAUAAAGUUAGGAAUACACAUUUGUAUAGUGUUCCUUUUAAGAACACACUGCUGACAGAAACGUCUGGCUAUUUAGGGCCACAGUCAUCUGCGCACUAACACUCUCUCAGCUACCGUGUAGCUAACUGGAAGCUCAUUGGCUUCUGGUGGCAGUGUGCACCAGCUAAGUUGUGAAACAACUCAAUAGUUUGACUCCCUACUCUGUGAGAGUGCUAGAUCCAGGCAAACCAUGACAGCGGUUAUAAGGUUUAGAGUGUUCAUUUAUUUUUUGGGCUUAUUUCUGUGAUGAAUAUUGUACUCCCAAUCUUGUUGGUCUGACAGAUGACCUCUGGUAUAUGUGUGGCUUUUUCCCUCCUUUUUUUUUCCUUUUAACUUCUUAACUAUUUAACUGUACUUUGACUCUUCACUGUACUGUUGGACUCUGACCCCAUGAUGUAUAAAACAUUCAGGGGGUAAAGGUCUAAUAUUAUAAUCUUGUCUAAUACCGGCUCUAGCAGACAAUAACUAUACCUGCUAAACUCUACUGUUAAUCCACUACUCCUAUAAUUCAUUGGAUAUCUACAAGUGGCUAUAACUGACCUACGUUUAUUAUGUGUUUUAUUUAUAUGUAUGUUACAUAGUUAUGUUUUGCCUUUAAAACAACUGUUUCAGUGAAUCAAAUGAAAUGUGCACACUCAGAAAUGUUAUUUAUUUUUAAUGUAUUGGUUAUUUGCCCAUUAGUUUCUUUUGUUGCAACUAUCUUCCAAAUACUGGAGGGGUGGAGAUUAUUUGCUUGUGGCUGGCUGGUUGAAUUCUCUGUAUUGAAACUUAUCUGGUUCAUUUUGGUGGCAGUUUGAUGAACUGUGGAGGAUCGUAAAAGUAUGUUUGUGGGUUGUUUUUUUUUGUUUUUUUAAUUUAUAUUUUUUUUGUGUAGUGAACAUACAUAGUUUGUACUGAGAGUUUAUCGGCGUUCAAUUUUGUAUAAUGUGCAUCUGGCUAUAAAUGGGUAGACAAAAAAUGGAGUUCUGUGCAUCAAGUAGGUAGUGCACACCCAGGUGCUACUGCAGUUUAUUAGAGGACACAAUAUAAACAAUAAUUUUUAUAUAGUGUUUAUAUUGUGUCCACUAAUAAACUGCAGUAGCACCUGGGUGUUUUUUUUUUUUUUUGUCUACCUGCUUGUUACACUGUUGGAACUACAAUAAUGAGACCCUGCAGCUCGGAUUUAACUGUUCAUUACUGUGUUCUUUAUCUUUGAUAAUCGGUGGGCAUCACUGAUGCCUCUGCCUCAUCCUAUGCAUAGUGAUCUGGCUAUAAAUUGGGGGGGAGGGGGAGGAGAGGAAAAGAUGUAAUGAUGGUGUUUGAUAGACCUCAGCCACCAGUUCCUCCUGCUCUUUGACCUCUUAGUCCAUAUCUGUCACUCCGUUGGGUAGCACAAUCCAUUGUAAGCCAGAGCUGGCUAUUUAUGUCAGAUUUCCAGAAAGGGCUCCUCAUUCAAUAACUAAUUGACAAGGCUAUGUUUGAGAUGGAACAGGCUUUCCUAUUUGUUUCUGCCUGUUCCACAUGAAUUUGCUCUUGCAAAGUGGCCCUUACACUUUAUCUUUAUGGACUCUGAUAAGGGCAAGGGAAAGAAAACACCUGGAUUUCUUCAAGGGGAGUGUUUGUCAAACACAUGUAAUUAAUGUUUUACCAUUACAAUACAAUGGUUAAAUGUUUGCCGUUACUGUUUGACAGGCAUGGUAGGACUGGGUUUUUUUUUAUUUAUUUUUUUUAAGAAAAAUAAAAAUUGCAUAGUACCUUUUUUUAUUUUAUUUAGAUUUAUUUUAUUAAUUGCUAUCCUGAAUUCCUUCUGUUAAAUAUAGGACCUUGAGAUGACUAGUUUUAGGGGUAUUUUGUGUUUGGUGUUUUUGUUUUUAUAGGUUUGUGCGGUGUGUGUGUGUGUGUGUGUGUGUGUGUUUGGUUUUAUUUGCAGCAUGAGAGCUAGCAACAAAAUUUCCAUUUUAUUUAGUGUGUAAAUAUUGUAAUGUCUGUAUCUGAUAUAUAUUCUACAUCUGAGUAAGAGCUGGAAUCCUGUGAAAUUUGUCAAGAUGAAGGAAAGAAAAUGUAAUUUACUGCCUUUUGUAAUUUCUUAAAUAUUAUAUAUUUUGUCACAAUGUAAAUUGUUAGAAUCUGCUUUUUCAUUUUUGUGCUUGUGCACAUGUUUCACGCCCCUGUGUGUGUGUGUGUGUCUCCCCGAAUAUUGAGUUGGUCCUUUGUGUUUUGUGUUUUUGGUUUUCUUUCCCCAUCUCCCUCUUGUUGGCAAUCAGCAAUGGCACAUAAUCAUCUCGAAGAGAAGAGAAUUUGGCCACAUUAUUUGCAGUUGGCAAAGUGUUGUGUGUGUGUGUGUGUGGUUUUUUUUUUUUUGUGUGUGUGCUUAAAGUAUCCCUUUUUAUGAUGUGCCACAUUCAGGAUACAUUUCCCUUCAAUAUAUAUUAAAAAUGUGUUGAAAAAAAAGUUUCUACUGCAUGAUUAAACCUUGUCAAUUGGUUUCAUUAGAAGUGUGUAUGUGUGUGUGUGUAUUUAUUUCUAAUUAACCCAAUUGACAAGGUUUAAUCCUGCAAUACGCUAUAUUUAUAUUCUAUUAUACUCCCCUCCCCCAACAAACUGUGUAACCAAAAAAAAACUAUCAAGAGUUAAAGAAAAAUCCUUGUGCUCUUCCUUUAAAAGUAGACUGGAUAAGGCUUCUCAUACAAUAAUGAAGAAUGAUCCCUGUCUGGAAAUUUGAGAACUUAUGGAACAUUGCAACCAAAAAAGUAAUAGAUUAGUGUUAAAGGAAAUGCAUUCAGGUACUCUAGAUAUUGAAUUAGAUAGGAAAGGUGGGCAGGGCUUCUGUUCUAUUUUCCACCUUGUAUGAUAGGAGCAUGUGCUAUAUGGAAUUGAUAUUGUGAUGUGUCCUUUCAGUGCUAACAAACUAAUUACCACUCGUAUUCUCUGCUUGGCUACUUGCCUGUAAAAUAUUGAGCUGUUCUUCACCCAUGAAGCAUCUGCCUCCUAGUAUUUACUUUUUUUUUUUUUUUUUAUCAUCAUCCUUGGUGACAUUCCUUAUUGUCCAUGAAAGAUUGACACAGGAUGGAAACAUUCCAAAUGAUAUGUUGGCACCAACUAUUUACAGAUUAUAUGUUAGGGCUUUUUACCUAAUGUACCUUUAACUCACCUGGCCUUGAUAGGUUGAGCCAUACCUUACAAAAGGUAUCCUGCAAUAUUCUGUCAUUUCAAGCCCCAUUACAAAUCAUCUUGCAUUGUGAAGAGAAGUGGAUCUUAUCUUACUAAAAGAUUUCAUGGUUUUUUUUUUUGUGAAGGACCAAGCUAAAAUUCGUUUUAGCUUUGAUUUAUAAUGGUCAUUAAGAACUUUUUAUUAACGGUCACUGUUCUAAUGACCUAUCCAAACCAGUAUUAUCCAUCCUUUAAAAGCCACGACUUGGAUUACAUUUUAUAUUCCAUAAAUAUUUUAAAAAUUUUAUUUUUAUUUUUAAUUCGGAUUUUUAUUUAUUUUUAUUUUUCUCUCAGUUGCCCCAGAAUCCAAACCAGAAAUGGAAUCGUAUUUGACCCGUCCCGGAGAUGUGAUAAUUUUACAGUGCAGGCUUCGAGAGGAUGUUCAGAGCAUCAGCUGGGUGAAAAAUGGUGAUCAGCUUUUGGAGACUAACCACACGCUUAUAACAGGGGAGGCAAUCCAAAUUCUCGACGCAAGGCUGGAGGACUCUGGGUUAUAUGCCUGUGUUACUAGCGGUCCAUCUGGAACGGAUACAGUUUUAUUCAAAGUUAAUGUAUCAGGUUUGUAGAUGUGUGGUGUUCAUGUCCGGUAUCACUUCAAAUGGGCAUUUUGUAGGUAGAGUAACCUCAACUGCUAUGUUUAUUUUAAUUUGAGGUUUUAUACUUUUGAUCUAUGUUCUGAAGCUUUCAAAAGCUAAUAGCUAACUGGGCCAAAACUUUCCAUUGCCUCUAUUUUGAUGUAGCCUUGAAUGAAACAUUCACUUUUAAAGGCCAACCCGUAUGCACUCUGGUGGCUGUGUAUUUGAGGAGAAGCUGGUAAACUUGUCAAGUGCGAACAAUCUGAAUGACACCAGUGAAAUGAUCCGCUGAAUUAAGGGGUCAACAAUGUGGUAAAUCCAUUGUAGGCUCUGUAUAAUACAAUAGCAAUGUGACCUACUGUGCCUCCAUUUUUGGGUACAAUGUAUCCCAAUUUUCAGUGAUAACGAACGGAUAGUUUGCUAAAUACAUGAGGUCUGUACUGAUGAACAGUUUGACACCUGUUUUAUAGCUGGAAGUAGUGAUGUCCCGAACGGUUCGCCGCUGACUCAUCAUUGAGUAAACUUUGACCCUGUACCUCAGUCAGCAGACACAUUCCAGCCAAUCAGCAGCAGACCCUCCCUCCCAGACACUCCCACCUCCUGGACAGCAUCCAUUUUGAAGCUGCAUUCUUAGUGAGCUGUCCAGGAGGAGGGAGGGUCUGCUGCUGAUUGGCUGUAAUGUGUCUGCUGACUGUGAGGUACAGGGUCAAAGUUUACUCAAUGAUGAGUUCGUGGCGAACUGCUCGGGACAUCACUAGCUGGAAGGGAACACAAUCCUUGUCACUUCAUGAGUAAUGUUAAAGUUAAGUAAUACAUUGUUUUGUUGUUUUAGUCAGUUUGGAAGACCUAUUAUCAACAUAUAUCUUGAGGUUUCUGAAAGUAUUUGUGGAAUUAUGUUUUUGGUCGCUGCAUUCUAAUCACACCAUGUGUUUCUAGCCAUCCAUUUUAUCUUGAAGAGGUUGUCACACACAAUAUAUUUAUUUUUAUAUGCUUUUAUGGAAUAUAUUCACAUAAAUAAGACCUAUAACACAUUAACAACACACCAUUUACAUAAAAGGUGACUAGAUAAGAUUAGAAAAAAUAAUCUAUAAAUUUAGAUGUCCUUUGCAUGGUCUGCUUUUAUAAAGCAUAUUACACAGGAAUUUUGUUUUCUUCACUUUGGUGCACUUUAUUUUGUUUCCCCUCAUUUAUGAAUUCCUUUCAUAAGUCUACAAAAUCUGUUAGUCAGAGAAAACGUUUCUUGUAUUCCAACCCCCUUCCUGACUCUGUGCUCUCUGCUGUGCAUGUGCUCUACUUCUUUAUAACGGGAGGGCAAAACAUUGUGUUUUGAGUACUAUUAUUAUUAUUAUUAUUACCAUUUAUAUAGCGCCAACAGAUUCCGUAGUGCUUUACAAUAUUAUGGGGGGGCGGGGGGAAAUUUAACUAUAAACAGGACAAUUACAAGAAAACUUACAGGAACGAUAGGUUGAAGAGGACCCUGCUCAAACGUUCUAUAGGACGAUUGAGGGAUUUCAUUCAAAUAAAGCAAGCCCAUGCAUGCAUGUGGCCUCAGUUUAUCCUUGAUUGGAGGUAACACAGCAUGUGCUUGUAAUAUAGGUUUGUGCAUAUGCAGUGUGUCCUGCAGGGCCUAGUUUCGCAACCUGUAGUGCACAUACCUCAGCUGUUACUUGCCACAAAGGCAGAGGAUACGUCAAGAUGUGGGCAGCUGGGUUGUAUGGAGACAAAGACAUCAAUGGAGCUUUAUGAUAUUCCAGCACUGUUCCUUCACGUGCCCUGCAAGCUGUUUUGUCAUUCCAGGCACGGCAUCGCCAAACCACAGAAGGGAGCUGUGCUGGAAUGGCAUGAAAAUUACACAAGCCCCACACUGGACCCCAGGGAAAGCAUACACUCCAGCUCUUCUAAAGUUAGGCUGGGUGGACUUAAAUAAAAGUACUAAAAAAACAAUUUGUGUGUCUGUCAGUGAUAGUGUGAAAUCAGUGAAUGUGUGUGUGCCAGUGUGCGUGCCAGUGUGCGUUACAGGAAAGGGCUAACACGAAGGAGUUAUGCCACAGGUGGUGAUGGGUGCCCUCCUCCAGCACAUUAUUGCAGUGCAUUAAAGGGACACUAUAUAGUCACCAGUGCAACUACAUGUAUUCCUGACCCUAUAGUGUUAACACGACCAUCUAGCCCCUCAUGCCUCCAUAAAUAUAGUAAAAAUCUUACUGUAUUCAAGCCAGAAGCUGUAAAUCUGCAUGCUGUUAUACUCCCGAAUAACAAGCAGUCUGCUGACAUGUGAUGGCCUGAUCCAAUCACAGUGCUUUCCCAUAGGGUUGGCUGAGACUGACAAGGAGGCAGAUCAGGGGCAGAGCCAGCAUGAUUCAAACACAGCCCUGGCCAAUCAGCAUCUCCUCAUAGAGAUGAAUUGAAUCAAUGAAUCUCUAUGAGGAAAGUUCAGUGUCUGCAUGCAGUGGGGGGAGAUACUGAAUCACAGGAUGCUCGUGCACAGCAGAUCUGAGUGGAUGGAGGCAUAUUAUGCCUUCCUCAAUUCCGAAGUUUCUUUUACUCUCUCUCCAAUAUGCACAUAUCCAUAAGUGACUUGUUUCUGGGAAGUUACUACAGUCUAUGUUCCUUGGAGUGGAUAUGGAAUUGUUGACAUGUCGCCUAUGAAGCAUCGUGGCACAUGCUUACUAAAAUCUAAUUGGUGCAAUUUUAAAGAGAAUUCAGAAAGGGUAUUUUUUUAUUUUUUGUCCCCAAAUAAAAAAAAAAAUGGAGUUUGCAGAAAGCAAGACAACCCAGAUUUGCUUCUAUGUCUGCAUUCUGAGCAAAACCACAUUAAGACUCAUUGAGGUCGUAUAAAUAGUAAUUUGGGAGCAAAUUUUUUAAAAGUGGAGUUAUUGACAUGGACAAAAUCAUAAUUCAUAUAUAAGCUCCAUUAAGCCACCUAUAUAGUUACUCUACAAAAUGUGUAUCCCUGAAAGCACAAUGCUAUUUAUACUGUGAAAUUAAGAAUGGUUUUCAGUUAGAGUAACCCUUACUGGCAUGGUGCAUCCCACUUCGUUAAAUAAAGGAAAGCUCCCAUGACGCCAUUGAUCAUGUGUCUCCAGGAUGCUAUGCAUGCUGACGGGCACCAAAUAUGCACGUAAUUGACUUUAGCCAGCCUAAAACUCGUUCUGGGUUUGCUAAUGAUGCUGCUCAUGUAGCUUCAAAGCACCACUUCAAAUCACUGAACACAUUAUUUUUCUGGUCCCAUUGGAACUUUUUUUUUUUUCUUCCCAGGUGUUCAAUACCUCAAGAACUUUAAGGGUUUUUGUUGUGAAUUGUGAGUUAGUGUGAGGCGAUACUGUCCAAUGUCCAGUUAUUUCAAAUAACUUGCAACGUGUGCAUUGCUAUUGGUUUUUGCAGGUUUCUUCUUGCAUCUAGCUCCAGAGGCCAUGAAGAAAGAGAUCAUGGAAAUAGUUUAACAGCUGUUUGGCGCUAUACUGUUGGCUUCCCAUAAUGCAGAUGACCAUCAGGAUAGAACAAAGAGUUAAAAUUAUAUUAUGGGGUCUUGUAUUUUUCUUAUGCCUGUGUUUCCGUGAUCAAAUCCUUAUUGAAACAUGCCUGUAUAUGUCCUUUUCUCAGAUGCUCUGCCUUCAGCUGAAGAAGACGAUGACGAUGAUGACAAUUCAUCCUCCGAAGAAAAAGCUGCAGAAAGUUCCAAACCAAACCGUGAGUAGCCUGUAUUGUGAAUAAAUAGUCUAACCACUCCAGAAAAGAAGGGCUUCCUUCAUAUAGUGAUGGUCCAUAUUUAGCUCCACAUCACCUGUUUAAUAUUAAAGGCCGGUCCCUGCCAGUGAAAAGUGUUCCCACAAUAUGCCACCUUGAUUAAACUUCACUUUGGAAAUGGUCUUCUCAGAAUAAUGAGCAAAGUUGGCUUUGCAACACCACAAAAAGAAUCUUGCAUUAAGGCCUGAACGUGUAUAUAUUUGCAUUUGUACAAAUGCUUUCUUCUCUUGGACACAUUACUUGGCAUGAUGGAUGUGUAUAGUCAAGGAUUUUUAGAUUUCUCAUGGUCCGCUUAUCCCACCUCUGCUAUGGAUUUUUGCAUCUACUUCAAAUGUACUAUUAGCCUCCUAUUGGCAUCACUGACCAGUGCCCUGGUUGAGUCGCUUUCUCUAAGCAGAGACCUGGUUUUGCCAUGUUAACUAUUUUUAUUUAAUGGAUUUAAACAUGCUCCAAGGGAUGUUCAAAGAGUGAACAUGUUUGAGAGUGUGUGAUUGUCUAUCUGUAAAUCUGAAUGUUUAGAAUAAUGUUUAGAGAACGUGUUGGUAAGAGUGUCUGUCUGUCAGAGACAAUAUACUUACCAGAACCCACUAGAGGUUAAUGUAGUUGCACUGGUGUCUAUAGCAUGUUCAGAAAAAAGGCAGUGUUUACAUUGCUGCCUAGUAACACCUCUAGGUGCUGUCACUCAGACAGCCCCUCUGUGUGCUUCCUAUCUCAGUGAUGCACAGUGUGGAGCACUAACGUUCAGUGUCUCUAUGCUCUGCGUGGAGAUGCUUAACUCUUCCUAUUUAGAUGCAUUGAUUCAAUGCAUAUUUAUAAGGAGAUGCUGAUUGUUGCAGCUUGGUGUUUUGCUGCACAUGCACAAUGCCCUCCCAAUACUUUUUAUUUGGGAAAGCAUCGGAUCUUCAAAAUUUAUGAACUCCGUCGUGGAGGUGGGGCCAGCCACAAAAAGACCGCCAUGCCGUGGGAGAUAAGGUGAGUAAAAUUACCUUUUAUCACCACAGAUACAGGUUCUAGACAUGUAUACAUUUAUUCCAGUACUAUACUGUUAGGAAUUCGUGUUUGUAUUCGGAACACUGUAUAGUGUUCCUUUCUGUGAAUUUAAACUGAAUUUGAGCCAUUCGUUCAGACAUAGUAUCUCUUUAACACUAAACUGUCAAUCUAUCCAGAUUGAACUCUCCCUUGGCAGUUGUCUAGCUUAGUUUUUAUUUUAUUUUAUUUAUUUUUUAUUUUUUGAAGUGGUACUAUAGACAUUGUAAUCUGUACAUAGAUUACAAUGUCUAUAGAGAGAGAUUUUACAAUUUUGACAUUUCUAUCCCAAAAAUAAACCCCAUACCUCUUUAUUUAAUAUAUAAUUAUUUUUUCCACAACUUGUAACUUUUUUUUACUUAAAACCCUAAUAUAAAGGACCUCAUUUUGUGAUCAUCUUCUGUUCUAGCUUUGCUAAACUAUUCUGAUUAUUUGUGUCAGAGGUGACCUAAAAGCAGUGCGUGGUUAUUGUUGUAAAUAAAGGUGGUUUGCUUAAAGGACCACUAUAGUGCCCUGAGGGUGCCCCCACCCUCAGGGUCCCCCUCCCGCCCGGCUCUGGAAGGGGGAAAGGGGUAAAAACUUACCUUUUUCCAGCGCUGGGCGGGGAGCUCUCCUCCUCCGAUGCUCCCCGUUGGCUGAAUGCGCACGCGCAGCAAUGAGACAGCCGCUAGAGGCUUUGGGGGAAGGCUUAACCCAUUCGUAAACAUAGCAGUUUCUCAAACUGCUAUGUUUAUAAAAGAAUGGGUUAACCCUAGCUGGACCUGGCACCCAGACCACUUCAUUAAGCUGAAGUGGUCUGGGUGCCUAGAGUGGUCCUUUAAGGCUAUUAUUUUAGCAGACUGUUAAGAAUUCAUGGCAAGCUGUUUCUAUGCAGAGUUCUUCAACAGGUUCAAACCAGUAUCUUGUGUAGCAGCCUCUCAAGGGCACAAUGGCAUACUCCUACAAUGAAACUCUCCCUCCUUAUAUAAUGUAUGCAUGUUCUCUCUUGAACAUGAUAGUUUAGGUUAUAUCUAGUGUACCUGUUUAAUGUAGUGUGGUGUGCUGUCCUUUACUAUUAAGACAGCCCUGUGACAUGCAUGUUCCAGUGCUGCCUGGGACUAGUGGGAAUUAGAGUCCCUGGAGGCAGCUGCUGCUUAGGAGUAUAGCCUGGACAUGCAUUUCAUGGUUCUAAGCAAGAUUUGGGGUUCCUGAGCUGCUCUCUUCCACAAAGUUGAAAUCCUUAGCUUUGCGCUUAUGUGCGUAUGUCUUCCAGUUGUUGUUGAACUACGACCUCCAGAAAAGAAAAUAGCAACUACUUGGAAAAGAUUAAUGGAAGUUGUAUUUAGAAACCGUUGGAGGCUUAAUAUUACAGUACCAGUACCAAUGCUUUGGGUUGGACUUUAGCUUCAGCACUAUUCGAAUGGGUGCAUUAUAGCAGAUGUCUCUCGAUCCGUUCAAAAUGGUGGGACCACAACUACCAUUAUCCUUGGCUAAUGCAGGUUUAAGUCUGUCUCACAGUAGUAGUAACAGCGUAUUAGGAUUGCUCUUUAGUAUAUUGUAGAGACUCCUUAUGAGCUUUGUAAUUUUAUGUUGGUCUAUCUUUGUCUGCUAAAUGGUGGGCCUUUUACUCCCCAAAUAUACAGGGGUCCAGUAAUACGGAAAAGCUUUGCAAACAAUGGAUUUGAAACCAGUACAGCUUGCAUCUCUUGAUUGUCGCCUCCCCCCAGCUCCUUAAUUUCCCUUGUAAGAAAAUGAGUUUAGACGGCACAUACCUUAAAUUCCUAUGGGAUUCCCUCAGCUUCAUGCCAUCCUAAUUGAAAAAGGAUUUGUUCCAGCACUUUUGAAAUAAACCCUUUAAAUGUUGAUUUAGACCUGUAUUCAUGCAGUAUGCAUUGCAUGCUCACAUAGUAGAGGGUUGUGUGUGUGGAGUACUUCAGUAAAUUAAACGUGUAUUGGACAAAGUUUGUGUGUUUAAUUUAAGUCUCUAAGAAUGCAUGCCAUCUGUUUUGUACCCAUAUAAAGGUAUCAAACUGCAGCAAGCUGAUAUUCCAUUCUAAAUGGAACUGUGUAGUUACUUAUUAAAAUUUAAAGUUGCCAAUCCAGAACUUGCCACAUUGUGAUCUUUCUUAUUUUGCAAAUUAUCUGAUUAGAAGAGCUAGGUAAGGGGUACAAACAUAAAGAACGGUGUCAAUAGAACAGAAGAAAACCUGCUUUAAUCUUUAACAGUCAAUGGUAUUUCAUGCCAUUACAACAAUUUGGUGGUCAUUCCUUCGCUAAUGAUUACUACACUUGGCAGUACACUUGUCAAAUGUUCACAUCUUUAUUCUGCCAAGGUUGGUCACCAGUCUACUCUAUGCCAUUAUGGGAUGUCCUAGUUAUUUUAGAAAAAUGUGUCAGUGUUAAUAGGAAUUUUCCUUGUUCUUCAUGAGCUUUAGGAUGAGGUUAUAUUGUCAGUCAAUGAUCCUUCACUGGUUCAUUUUCAGUAUUGUGUAUUUGAAUGUUUUGUGUAUCUGCCAUUUUUUUAAAUACAUAAAUAAGGAAACCAGUAUACACUGUAGUGUAGUGAGAAGUGGCAACAUACUGCUAAUCUGUCCCUGCAGGAGUAUUCUGGCCAGAUUUGACCAGGGUGCAUAAUGUAUGCCACUGGCGUAGUGUGCGUGCUACGUACAGAUUUGAUUAGUGUUAUGGGUGCAAGGGCUCCGCACUCUGUAUUAUCUCUCCAUUGGUAGUCUAUUGGAGGAAAGCAGGAGAUCUGCAUUAUAUUACAUGCAGCAAGCACAACAGAUGCAAUCAGACUCCUAUUCUUUUCUGUUGAGAAAUUUUAAACAAAAACUUGCAGAAAAGGAACUUUAAAGAACAUCCUAGAUGGGAGAAAUAUUUAAUAAUCUUAGACUGUCCAUUGAUCAGGCUGCUAUCAUGCCUUAGGAUAGGAAACACAGACUCAAAUUUCUAACAUGUGUCAGAGAUAGGGUGUUUAGAUUUAUAUUUGAGAGAGGUGUGUGUGUGUGUAUAUAUAUUUUUAUAUUUAUAUAUUAUGUAAAAAUUAUGUAAUACGAAUUUUAUCUUUUGUUUUUUUUUGUUUUACAUCUACAUCACUGAACUAAUACGGCUACAAUCUCUACUUGAUAAAAAAAAUAAAAUUUUAUUUUUCUUCAAAAUUGCAGGUCCAUUUUGGGCAAAUCCAGAGAAGAUGGAAAAGAAACUUCACGCUGUUCCUGCUGCCAAAACGGUAAAGUUCAGGUGUCCAGCAGGGGGCACUCCAACGCCAACACUUCGGUGGUUAAAAAAUGGCAAAGAAUUCAAACCUGAUCACCGCAUUGGAGGAUACAAGGUGAAAGAUUAAACCAUAAAUAUAAAAUGUUUUCUUGCAUGCAUCCUAGAUUUGCUAAUGCUCAGAAACCGUUCGUUGUAUGACUACAUUUAAAGAUUGUGCUAUAACAAAAUCCCAUCCAUUACCUUAACUAUCCCCUGGAUUUUUAUUUCUUGGCAACUUAUUGUAGCGUUGGUGGGGUGAUGGAAGUUUUGUGCUAUGGCAAUUGUACAUGGGAUUCAAAAUUCUGUAAGUCACAGUUCUUCACUGCUCUUAAAACAGACAUUUUAUUUUGCCUCUCGUUGGUACAAAGAGUUAGAAGGACCAUUUAUGGGAUAUACCAGAACUGUGUGGCCUUCACAAGAUUGCGUUAUGUCCACACCCACACUACAGCUGUGAAUAAGAAAAAGUGUGUAUUUUAUUCUAUGCUGUAUGCUAAAAUAAGUUUUGUUGCCUACAGGGGUCCUUGCAGACUUUCACAAAGGUCUUGGAACCUUGAGACCUUUUCUGAAAAUGGUUGAGGGGUGUGAGUUUGGUGCUGUCCCUCUGUCAACCUAUUUUUUUAGGUAUUUGGGCCUGGAAGGGUCCAUUGCACCACAGUUGGAUGCAACAUUCUAUCACAAGUCUUUCUCUCUGCCCUACCUCUUAGUGAUGGCCUGACCUUCUCCUAUCUUCUUUUCCUCCUUUUUCUUUGCAUUUCUUUCUUUUUCUCUUGUCUUCUUGUAGGAUACUACUCAAUUUAAUUUUAUCACUUGUCCAUUGAUGCUGUGAUCUUGUUUCUUGCAUUUGAAUGAUAACCUGUUGGAAAUGCUUUGUUGAUGAUGUGUAUUUUGUUAUACUGAAUAAACGAUGACCGGGACAUGCGUAUCCACAGCCUACUUUACCUUUCAGAAGGCAAUAACUUCUCAAUAUGUUUCGAUGUAAGCAGCUGUUGGUAUAUUUUUCCUGAUAAUUACAUUCUGCUGUUCUGUUUCCUGACCUAUCGAGUGAUUUGGGCAUAUAAUGCAGUCUUGAGGGAGGCAGGCUCAGUCAUCAAAGUGGGCUACAUUUUGCCCAUGCCAGCAAGUUUGGCAUUUUUAGCCACUUCUGUUAUCCUCUCUGUUCUUAAGUGCAGAUAUUAUUUCCUGGCUUGGUAAUAUCUCUUGAGGUUUGGCAUUGUAACCGUUGGAGUUUGUGUGCGCGCUUAAAUGUAUAAUCUGUAUAGCAAUAUAGUUUAUUAGAGCCAUUUGUGCACAUUCCUCUUGUGCAAAAACUGUCUUGUGAUGCUCCACUAGACUUGCACUUUAAUUAGGGGAGGUGCCAGGACAUGAGAUCACCUUGCGUGCCACUUCAGUCUUUGAAGUAGGACCAUCCUUUCUCCAUGCCCAGCAUGCAUGUUUUGAGCAGGUUCAGAUGUGGACGCUCAUUAAUAUCUCCCCCUGCUGAUAGCUGAGCUUGUUUGGUGGCUUAACGAGCUGAAGGUAAUUAGUGAGAGGGGGGGUUGAGGAGUGUUGGACCAUAACUCUCCAUCCUUCCAUUUUCCGUCUUCUUGCAUAUCUCACGUUGCUUGUUUCGGUUUCCCAUUAAUGGCUGUGGCUCUAUAUUCUGUCCAAUGCUUGUUGUGACUGCUUUUAUUUAAGGCAUCCCGGCUGGAUGUGUCCUGUGCGUGUUUGUAUCUGGAUCCCCUACUCUGGUCCGAAUUUAUUCACAAGAAAUCCCACUUUUAGUUUUAUUAAAUCUAGUUCCAAAAUUCUUAAUGUAGACUUUCAGUUUGUUUAUGAGUUUAAGAUCUUGAAUUCUAAACCUCAACAGAUAGUGUUUCUACUUUGUAGUUGUGUUGUGGUUCGUACCCCCUAUCAUGAUACUUUGGUCCAACACUAAUGCAAAACACAGAAACGCGCAUGUUGAUGUACUAGUCCCAUACAAAGAUUCUUCAUCUUUAUGAUUUAACCAUAUCAUUAAGCAGAACUAUUGUGUUCCUGGUCUUUUUAAUUAAUGUUUUGCACAUUAACAGGGGUAAAACCCUAAUGAUAUAUACUUUAUUUCUCUAGGUCCGUUCUCAAACCUGGAGUCUUAUUAUGGAUUCUGUCGUUCCAUCUGAUAAAGGAAAUUACACCUGCAUUGUUGAAAACAAGUUUGGGAGCAUCAAUCACACGUACCAGUUGGAUGUUGUUGGUAAGGAGUCCUUAAUAUAUGUAGAAGUGUAAUCCUUAAAUAUACACUAUAUGAUGUCUUCAGCUGUAAGUGUGUAGGAACAAAAUUGCAUGGAUUUUAUUUAUACUUAUAAUUUGCGAAUCCUCUCUUGACCUUUGGUGCAAAUAAACCUGGUCUCCUGUGUCUACAUUAAAAUUAAAAUGUUUGUCUUUAUAGAAUGACCUUUUUCCCUCAAAGCUCAUUCAUUCUACCUUGAAGAUUUUUAUUAAGCAUUGUAAGGAGAGUAAUGGACAUCAUCCUCUGGUUAUUCUGGGAAUGUGCUAAUUGUAAAACUGCAGGUGUGCAUUCGCAUUUUCCAGCAUUAGAACCAGUGGUGUAUUUUGGAUCUGUGCUGCCCUAGACAUGACAGAAUUUACAUUUGCCCUACCAUUUCCUGUCAAUGCCACACCUCUUGAUGUUAAAGACUCUCACACUUGGACUGAUGAAUACACUCUGAUAUGACACACAGACACGCACAGUCUGUCGCACACACGCACACGUUAGUGGGAGGGAGUGUUUGUCACAACUGGCGUUUCUUUAGUCCUGUUUUAUCCCUACCCUAAAUAAAUGGUUUGUUGGUUUAUUUUAUCAUAUUCCAAGAGUAUAAGUUAAGUGUGUACCAGGUUUUCAGAUUUUUUUUUUUUUUUUUUUAAAUGUUGCAUUUGUAUCUUGUGUAUGGCUCCCAGACUUUCCUAAUCAUGUACAGCACGUUUGCACCCCCAAAAGCUACACAAAGCUACAUAAAGGCUAAGGCAGUUACUUCCCUAAAGAGUGAACUGGUGUUGGUAAAUCAAACGUUAAGAGAUGCAGCAGCAAUUUAUGUGAGACUUUAAAUGUUACAGAUGACCGCACAUCUCGUUUUGUUAUAAACCACUAGCAGUAGAAACAAACAAAAAAAAAAAUACUUUGAUUCCAAGAUUGGUUUCUGCAUAAAUGUGAUUUGCGGUGUCUGAGUUAAGAUGGAAAGAAAUUGGGCACGUGUAUGUUAUGAUAGGAUUGUGAUCCUUUCAAAGAAAAAUUAGAACUUUUUUUUUUUUUGCCCUCGGUCUGGCAAAUCUCAAUUAUCCCUCAUUUCCUCAAAUAAGUAGCCAAUUCUUCUCUCAAAUAUUUCUUUGUGAACAUCCGCCUUUAAUUAUCCUACAUAUUUUAGUUUACUUAACUUCCCCCAUAUUCACCUCACAGAUCCUAUUAAAUUUCAGAUAUUUCCUGUACAGGGGCCGCAUGAGGCCUUGCUUAAGGUGCUGAGUUUUAUUUAUUCUGUCAUCUUAGUUCCCCCACCCAGUCCUUUUUAACAGUGUUUCAAUUUUAUUUUCUUCAUUGACUGGAGGGGGAGGAGGGGCAGGCAAAUGUAUACUUAGUAAUGGAUAGGAUAUUUGGGAUUCUGCUGAUGUACCUACAAUAGAGGACAAAACAUAGUGCAAGUAUUGCUACACACUAUAAAACCAUUGAUGAAAAAUAUGCACUCACAUAUUCCAAAGAAUAUAAGCGUAUUCAGGGUGCCUCCCCCUAAAUAUGAAUGGGGGGGUUUAUUCUCCUUUAAUUCUCCCUCCUCAAGUGUUAGCCGAUAGAGUAUCCAGGUCAGCAAGAAGAUCCAAACAAUUGCAGCCAAAGGAAUACUUGAAAGGCGAUUUAUUCACUUUUAAAAUUCAAGAGGUGUAUAAAAAUACAUAAAAACAAUAUAAGAAAGAGAUGCUGGUCCUACGCGUUUCGUCCUUAUACAAAAAGGACUUCCUCAGGGACCUCUUUCAGCACAAAAUUCAAUCACCAGAAAUACAGAGAAUAAAAAACAGCAUCCUAAAAACGCUAACACAUGUAUAACCUUAUAUAGGGCUAAUCCCUUACAGUCAUUGGUGGAACAGUGGGUGUUUUCUCCUCUUUGACUCCUUAUUCGUCCAAAAUUCCUUGUCUCCAGCUGUGUUCGCUUGAUCAGAAUGAAAAAAGCCGGGCUCGUUCUAAAAUUAGCCACUUCCGCAUACGUCAUACGUUACGUUCGCAUCACGUGUUCCGUGAUUGAUCACAUGAUCCUUAUGCGUUCCACAUUCAGGAAGUAAAAUGGACGUGCGUUCCACAGUGAUAGCAGCUUGGAAAACAUUGUAUUUCUUUUGCCUACUAAUUGUACAUACAUAACUGGAAACAGAAAAACUAUUAGGAAUCAUAUAAGAAGAUUUGAAAAGUUAUAAUAAUUGUCCUCUAACAAUAAAAUGCUAAAUCCAUUUUUACAAUGAAUGUGUAACAACUUCCUAUCCAAGUUGACCAUUCAUGACAUCUAUCAUAAUGUGAUCAAAAGUAUAUAUAUACAUAACAUUACAAAAAAAUUUUUUAUAUAUAUAAUGACAAUUGUAUAUUAGUGAUUCAUAUAUUCAUAUGUUGACAUUAAUGUCUAAUACAUCAACAUAGUGAGCAGACCUAUUAAAGUGCAUUGAUCUUUUUAAAGUGAUAUAAGUGAUAUUAUACUUAUUCACAAAUCUAUAUAUAUAUAUAUACUAAGUGACUUGAGAAUAUUUAUUUAUUAAUUAUUUCAUGCUCAAAUACAUAUCCAUAUUGUGUAAACUAAAUGAUGAAAAUUAUUAUUCAUUAAUUAUUGCGUACUUAAUUACAUAUCCAUAUUGUGUGAAACAAAAAAUAAAAAAUAAUAAUUGACCAACCAUAUACUCAAUGUCAUAUCCGAUUUAAAUAAAGCGACAUGAGUAGUAUAUGUUCAAUUUUAAAUAUAUCUUUAUGCUUUUAACAAUCAAUUGAAUCAAACGACAGUUAAUUCAAAAAACAAACAAUAUCCAUAUCCACAUUUAAUCCCCUUGGGGCAAGGGUACGUAACCUAUGAAUCCAAUAUGAUUCCCUUUGUGCCAAUCGCUUUUCUUUAUUACCCCCUCUCCAGUGGGGUUGAAUUUGUUCUAUCCCUAUACAACGUAGCCCCUUCAAAGAAAAAAGGGGACAAUUAUUGCAGUGAAGGGGGACUGAAUGGGUAUCUAGUUUUUUCUUUAUGUUGUUAAUAUGUUCCAAAAGUCUCACUUUUAGACAUCUCUUUGUACGACCAACAUAUUGGCUGCCGCAUGGGCACUGAAGCAAAUACACAACGCAGUCCGAGCGGCAGCCAAUCUCUGAUUUAAUAGAAAACGGUUUCCCUGUAACGGAGCUACUAUAUGAUGUCACCUUAUCUGUGUUUAUUUGAAAACAGGCUUUACAACUUUUACAACCCCGGAAACCUUUUAUCCCUUUUUUGAUAUUUUUAAAUCCACUUUUUAGAGCAUAACUAGGUGCUAAUAAAUUCUUGAGAUUUUGUUUUUUCCUAUAGAUUAUUUUCGGCCUUUUUGACAGAUGCUCCCCCAAAAUGGGGUCCUCUAACAAUAUUGGCCAAUAUUUCUGUAGACUUCUUUUAAUUCUUGGAUGAUCCACACUAUAUUGUGUGAAAAAAGCUUGUUUGAAGUCUUCCCCCUUUUUCUUAUUACUAGGGCCAUCCAUUAAAAACUCAUUUCUACUCCUUUUAGACAUCAUCUGGAUUUCCCUCCUAAUUUUCUUCGGGUUGUAGCCUUUUUUAACUAGUUUAUUGGCUACAUGUUGAGCCUGUAUCUGAAAAUCCUUAGUAUGGGAACAGUUCCUCCUCACUCGAGUAAGUUGUCCCUUAGUGAUCCCCUUCAACCAAGGUUGAUGGUGACAGCUACGUUUAUGAACAUAGUUGUUCCCAUCUGUUGGUUUAAAGAAACAUUUAGUUUUGAUCUCACUUCCCUCACUAAAAAGGGUGAGAUCCAAGAAAUUUAUUUCUCUACGAUCCCAUACUGGAGAAAACUUUAAAUUGUACUCAUUUUGAUUUAGAUAAUUGACAAAAGUCUUAAAUUCGGAGUCCGACCCCUUCCAAAUAAUAAUCACGUCGUCUAUAUACCGCCGCCAUAGGACCAGGUUCUCCACCCAGUCAUGACCCAACCAUACGCAGAGGUCUUCCCACCUGCGCAUGUAUAUGUUGGCAUAACUGGGGGCGAACCUGGUCCUAUGGCGGUCCUAUGGCGGCGGUUAAUGUCAACAUAUGAAUAUAUGAAUCACUAAUAUACAAUUGUCAUUAUAUAUAUAAAAAAAAAAUUUUUUGUAAUGUUAUGUAUAUAUAUACUUUUGAUCACAUUAUGAUAGAUGUCAUGAAUGGUCAACUUGGAUAGGAAGUUGUUACACAUUCAUUGUAAAAAUGGAUUUAGCGUUUUAUUGUUAGAGGACAAUUAUUAUAACUUUUCAAAUCUUCUUAUAUGAUUCCUAAUAGUUUUUCUGUUUCCAGUUAUGUAUGUACAAUUAGUAGGCAAAAGAAAUACGAUGUUUUCCAAGCUGCUAUCACUGUGGAACGCACGUCCAUUUUACUUCCUGAAUGUGGAACGCAUAAGGAUCAUGUGAUCAAUCACGGAACACGUGAUGCGAACGUAACGUAUGACGUAUGCGGAAGUGGCCAAUUUUAGAACGAGCCCGGCUUUUUUCAUUCUGAUCAAGCGAACACAGCUGGAGACAAGGAAUUUUGGACGAAUAAGGAGUCAAAGAGGAGAAAACACCCACUGUUCCACCAAUGACUGUAAGGGAUUAGCCCUAUAUAAGGUUAUACAUGUGUUAGCGUUUUUAGGAUGCUGUUUUUUAUUCUCUGUAUUUCUGGUGACUGAAUUUUGUGCUGAAAGAGGUCCCUGAGGAAGUCCUUUUUGUAUAAGGACGAAACGCGUAGGACCAGCAUCUUUCUUAUAUUGUUUUUAUGUAUUUUUAUACACCUCUUGAAUUUUAAAAGUGAAUAAAUCGCCUUUCAAGUAUUCCUUUGGCUGCAAUUGUUUGGAUCUUCUUGCUGACCUGGAUACUCUAUCGGCUAACACUUGAGGAGGGAGAAUUAAAGGAGAAUAAACCCCCCCAUUCAUAUUUAGGGGGAGGCACCCUGAAUACGCUUAUAUUCUUUGGAAUAUGUGAGUGCAUAUUUUUCAUCAAUGGUUUUAUAGUGUGUAGCAAUACUUGCACUAUGUUUUGUCCUCUAUUGUAGGUACAUCAGCAGAAUCCCAAAUAUCCUAUCCAUUACAUUGUUCUGCUAUAAGGUUAUUAGCUGGGAAAUAACCUUGGGAAGCUGUGUACUUUUCAGUUAAGUUGUUGUGUUUUAUCACUUUUCUCACGGGUGUCCGUGUUUUUGUUUAAAUGUAUACUUAGGCUGACUAAUAUUGUGCUUAUGUUUGUCUACCAUAAAAUCGUAUGAGUGAAGAUAUUUUAAAUGAAUUUCCUGGGGUGAAUUACCCACCUCAGCAUUUACUAAUCUUGCGGGUCCUGCUGACACUAUGGAAAGUGAUUAAAGCAGCACUGGGCUCCUGGACCUGGUUGACAGGGCAAGUAGAAAGAGAACAAUCAAAUGAUGCCCUGCACUUAUACGUGGUGGAAGUGGUGACGGGUUUGAAAUUGACCUAGCCUGUCUAUACAAAAGUAUUUAAUGUGUUGUACAUGCUGUGUAAAGCAUGAUGUUAAAUGUGCUACCAAUACAUUUUAGGAGAUUGCAUCUAUUUAGUGAGCAGUGUGUAUUUUUGGAGUUUCAGUAUUAACUGAUGUCCUUGCAGCAUGUGGCAUCUGGUUAAAGUUAAGAGAGGUCAUCUGUAACUGAUUUGUAAUAUGUGUAAGGAAAGUCAAUCUUUGUAUCUGUGUGAGGAGUGUGACAUGUAUCUCUGACCUGACGAAGCAACACAGCAUUGUCUUUAAAGUACAUCUGCUGUCUGCAGCAAUAUUAUUGUUGAUAUGGAGUGUGAUAUAAGGCUGCGGAGUUAGUGGGGAUUUUUUCCUUUUAGAAUUUAGGCUGUCUGGUGAAAAAUAAAUAUGGGGUAUAAUUUGGAGGAUGUGUGCUUAUCUUCUAGUGAAACCCCAAUGCCCUUCUCGUGAUAUAGAGAAGUACUUAUUUUAGGCCUACUAUGUAUUAAGUGGACCACUCCCUCCUGCUCCAUUCUGUGGUGGUAGAGCUGAUGGAUAUAUAGACACAAACCAAUUAAAUCAAAACACUUCUAGAUGCAUCAAAGAGAAUAAUGCUAAUAUUCCAGGAGGCUACAGCUGUUCGUGUGGCACAUUUUAAAAACAGUCAUUGCAAUGUCCAAAAUGAAACCUUUAAAUCACAAUCUUUAGGAGCAGAGGGGUUUUGUAUAUCGUAUUAAUGUUAUUGAUUGUCCUUUUAAAGUAUGGUUCUUUCUUCUGUGUAUUUCCCACUAUGCUUGUUAGUAUAAGAGGGAAGUGAUUUGUGCACAAUUAGUAAAUCUUAAAGGGACAAUGUAGACACUAUAACAAUUUCAUCUCUUUGAAUUGGUUAUGGUGCCUGGAGUGCCCUGGCACUGUCGCUCCAUUCAGUGUUGUAUCAUGCUCAUAUCCAUACUCGUUCUUCCACAAAGACCAUGUAGUUAUGGUCGUUAUGUCUUUUGUUCAAAUGUCUCGAAUGUCGCUAUCAUCUAACAAGAAUUAGUACUCCCUACAUACUAUCUCCUUCCCACUUUGGAUUUGGGGGGAAAAAACUCUAUUGCUUGGAUGCAUGCAAAGUUUUGCUGGAAUAUUUGAAUCGUUUUAUUUCAUUCUUGGCAUGUUUUUGUUUUUCAUGAAGAAGCCAAACUGUCCUUAUCAUCAUCAUCAUCAUCAUCAUCAUCAUCAUCAUCAUCAUCAUCGUUGUUGCUAUUUAUAUAGCGCCAGCUUAUUCCGCAGCGCUUCACAAAAAGAGGGGAAUUUACCAAAUGAGACAAUAAAAUUUUUGUAACCGGAACAAUAGGUAGUUGAGGAUAAAUACAUUAAAGGACCACUCUAGGCACCCAGACCACUUCAGCUUAAUGAAGUGGUCUGGGUGCCAGGUCCAGCUAGGGUUAACCCAUUUUUUAAUAAACAUAGCAGUUUCAGAGAAACUAUGUUUAUUAAUGAGUUAAGCCUUCCCCCAAAGCCUCUAGUGGCUGUCUCAUUGACGGCCACUAGAGGCGCUUGCGUGCUUCUCACUGUGAUUUUCACAGUGAGAGCACGCCAGCGUCCAUAGGAAAGCAUUGUAAAUGCUUUCCUAUGCGACCGGCUGAAUGCGCGCGCAGCUCAUGCCGCACGUACUCAUUCAGCCGACGGGGCGGAACGGAGGAGGAGAGCUCCCCGCCCAGCGCUGGUAAAAGGGAAGUUUUUUACCCCUUUCCCCCUUCCAGAGCCGGGCGGGAGGGGGGACCCUGAGGGUGGGGGCACUCUCAGGGCACUAUAGUGCCAGGAAAAAGAGUGUGUUUUCCUGGCACUAUAGUGGUCCUUUAUAUAGUCAAAUUGCAAUUAUUAUCCGUUAUGAUUAAUUAUAUACAAUCUCAAGAUUGAAUUCAAAUCUUUAUUGAAGAACAAACCAUUGAAUCAUAUAAAUAGGGAGGGGACAGCUUUAAAAAUGCAAAAUACAAAGCCUCCUGUUUUGUUAAAAAAUUUUAGUUUAUGCUAACGCAGUGUACCUAUAAUCUAGGUGAAUUAAAUUUGCAUAUGCCCACCCAGAAUCCUUUGCGAUAACAUCACUGUACAUUUGUGAUUUCUGUGGGAAAAGAGUCUUAUGGCUUGACUGGUGUGCAGAAUUUUUGUUUAACAUUGUAUUAACUAUCCACAGACUUCAGGUGGAAGGGGUUUUCGAUCACAAUUUUUCCCCCCCACCCUAACUGUGUUGGUUGUUGCUUCGAAGGUGAAUUAAAGCUAUUCUUCCUUUGACUACUUCCCUUCAGGGAGAACUCUACCUGAUGAUGAUUAAGUUUAUUUCACGAUAGCGGUUACCACUCUGUUCUGGAGAAAUGCAAGUUUUCAUGCGCCAAAUUUGUAGAGCAUUCUGCAGGCAUUAUUGACUUGAUCUUGGCCUUAAGAUGCUGCAGGCAUACAUUUCCCUUUUUAUUUUUUUUAUUUUUUUGCAGUGGUUUGGUAUGUUUGCCUGGGUUUAUAGUGAGAAUUGUUUUCUGUAUAAGUUUAUAUAGCUAAAAUAUUUGAAAAAGAAUUAUAGGCUACAGGAAAUUUGUAUUUAUUAUAAUUUGUGUGGAGCCUUCUCUAGCGUCAUGAGUACACAUGAAAAGGUUACUCAAGUUUACUGGAAUAAUGCUGCAUACAAUGGUUAAACACUUUACCCUCUCUCUCAUAUCACAAGUUGUUUGUGGGAAGUAAUCCUUAUUUUCUUAGUAGAUGAGUUUGUGCACAUUCCCUGUUUUAUGGUUUGCUCUAAAAGUGCACAGCUUUCUGUGUAUAUAGUAGCUUGAUUUUUAUUGCUUAUAUCCAAAUGACACUUUACAUUCCAGUCAUACCUGUGUAGGUGGGAGGUAUGGGGGCAGAUUGAAUACACAAUGCUACACUGCAGUCUAAUAAUUGUGGACCUAGUGUAAUGGGCAUUGUCUAUAUCCUAAACUCCAUGUGCUGUGGUAAUUGCAUACAUAGCACUCUGUAAUUAUUGACAAGUAAUACUCUGUAUACAGUGUAGCAUAUUAAUGCUAGAAGGCUCAGUUUAAUACAAGAUAAUUCUUUUUCUAUCACAUUUAUAUUUUCUGUUUUUCUUUGUAUUUGUUUUUAUAUAUUUAGCACAUAUUGCUCAUAAUCUUAGAGCAGGAAACAGUGAGUGCUGCAAAGGGUUGUUCACUAGUCCACCUUAACUACCAUCAAUACAAGGUCCAAUCUACCAUCGUUUUGCCAAAUCUCUAGCAUCAAAAUGCAAAAAGUCACGCAGUGUGUCACAUACCAAAAUAUAAUUGUUUUAUUGCCUUUAAAUAAACUGGUCUUGUUCUCAUCUCCCUCCUUCCCCCACAGAGCGCUCUCCGCACCGACCGAUCCUACAAGCUGGACUCCCUGCAAAUAAAACGGUCACAGUGGGCAGCAAUGCAGAUUUCUACUGCAAGGUUUACAGUGACCCCCAGCCUCAUAUUCAAUGGCUCAAACAUAUUGAGAUCAACGGAAGUAAAAUUGCCUCUGAUGGAUAUCCAUAUGUGGAGGUGCUCAAGGUAAAUACUGAGAGUUGUACACUCCCUGUGUCAGUGCGUGUAUAUGUGUGCAGUGCCAUUUACUGUUCUUCGUUUCCGUUAGUGGAAAGUGUAAUCUUAGCCACAGUGCCCCUGUUUGGGAUAUUUCCUCUCAGGGCAUAGGAAAAGAAAACAGAUGCAGCUUAUUGAGUCUGCUGAAUGCUAUUAAACAUUAUAUGCAUUAUUUAUUAACUAGCAUGUUGCUAAAUAUAGGCCUGGUUAAGAACGCAUCAUAAUAAGUAGACAAGCUACAAUUUGCAGACCUGCACCAGGAAACAGAGAUGGAAAGUUGACUGUUGGGCGCACGUUUUCUGCACUUACACUCAAAAAUCUCAGACCAGGUUAUGUUGACCAACAAUUUGUCACUGCUUACUUUAAGGGAGGAGAUAGGGGUGCAAUUAAAAUGUUAAAUUAUAGAUUAAACGUAAAUAUGUAGUGUUUAGGAAUAGGUAAUCCGUUUCUGAUAUUUUUCAAUGUAGUGAGGUUAUUGAAUUAAAAUAUACCUUUUUUUUUUUUUUUGGUUUUUUUAUUUUAUUUAUUUUUUAAAUGCAGUAUGGUUUAAAUUUUCAUUUAAUCGCUACCAUUUAAAAGAAAAAUAAUAAAAUGUUUUUAAAAAUGUUUUUGGAGUUGGCACUUAUGAUCAAUUUUGUUCUAACAAAAAGCAAUGUGCAGGUGACCAAGAGCACAGUCUGGCAACUUGCCCAGGGUGUGCCAGGUAUCGGUGACUUCCUUUGCUGUAGCGCUGCGCUAAGAAGACCGCGUAGAGCUUUACUCAUUGGCUUGGAACACUUAGCCGAUGCUCUCAGCCAAUGAGCCAGCAAUUAUAGGGCUUGGUUUAGGGUGCUAAUGGAAGCUACUUCUAAGCUCCAGUGGAAACGGUGACCGGUACUCUGCAGUCUCCAGGCAGGUUGUCAAACUGUUCACAAAGUGUGUGAGUACUUACUCUACCUUUAAAACUUUAUUUUAAUUUUUUUUUUUUUGGAGGGAAGGUGGGUGUGUUUGUUUGAUGCAAGCCUUUAUUGCAGAUAAUAGUUUCCUUUAUAGUAAUGCGCCUAAAUGAUCAAUGUGCUGUUUACUAAAUGAAGGUGUCUUGUUAAUUGUUGCCGUGUUAUCGGUUUGUUUCAGCAUUCUGGGAUUUAUAGCUCAGACGCAGAAGUAUUGACCCUGUACAAUGUGACAGAGGCAGAGAGUGGGGAAUACAUUUGUAAAGUAUCCAAUUAUAUUGGUGAGGCCAAUCAGUCUGCGUGGCUUACCGUCACCAGACCAGAAACAAAAGGUAAAAAUCGGUGACACCUCCUGAAAAGAAAAAUAAUAAUCCAGGGAUUUGGGGAAAACUGCUCUCCAAGUUCUUGGAGAGCAAGUUAUUUUUCUCCCUUUUUUGUCUGCUUUAUUUCCAUGGAAAAAUACUCAAUGUGUGAGGCCUGGUUUAGUUUUCACUCUCCUUUGUUUCUUAUUUUUCCAAUGUGUGUGUGUGCGCAUAUAAAUGUACUAAAUAAGUUGAGGUGAGCUCACUAUAUAACAAAGAACACUGGUUUAUAUGUAAUUGAAAUUUUGCAACUGUGAAUAAUCUACAUACCUUUAUCUCAGUAAUUCUGAAAAAUUGUUUCCACAGUUUUGUGGUCCCAGCUUGACAUGCAAAUGAGCACACACCGCAUCAUGUUUAAGCCUUUAUCUCACAUUUCUGCAGGUUCCUUUAGCAAUGGUUGCAUUGUUUUAUAAACUUCCAAAAAGGCUGACCAGAAAGCAAGAGGAUCAAAACUUUUUAUUUUUUUUUUAUUUUUUUUAAAGGUUGUGUUUUAAAACUGUGUUCCAUUGUCAAGGGGAAAUGUAGAAAGACAGGGUGAAGUCUGAAACAUGAUUGUCUGCUUAUAUGUAUAGGACAGUUGAAGAAACUUGACUUCUUGGAACUAUUGUGCCCAUGAUGGAUUUUUCCCAAUGUCCUACUAGAUAUGUAGGUGAUGCACAACUAGUGUGUGUGUGUGCGCGUGCGUAUCUGUUCUUUCAAAAUAUAACAAGUUCAUAUUUCUUCUAAUGCAGUACAUCUCACAUACACGCACAGAUUCCUCUUGAUAGACAAUAACAAAAAAGUGUUUUAAAAGAAAAUAUAGCUAAAACUCCCUACCAUCCCAAGGCCAAAUUCUCCUGCUAUCAAUCCUCCUCUUGAUGUCAGUCCCCCUCGCCAGUUUGGAUCAGAUGUCAAGAAGGACAUAGAGAGAACAUAAGCAGCAUAGUGGUAGGCCAUGCCAUUAGCUGCCAGUUGACAUAUUUGUGUAUGUAUGUAUGUGUAUGUAUGUGUGUGUGUGUGUAUAUAUAUAUAUAUAUAUAUAUGUGUGUGUGUGUGUACUAAAAUAGUGUUUGGUGGCAAGGCAUUACUAUUUUUCUUUUUAUUUUAUUUUUUAAAAUCCUUUAACAUGCUAGAUUUCUUUUCAAAAUUAAACAAGGUUAUCACACUUGGGUCUCAUUUUUCCAUGUGUCAAUCUCAAGCAUGUUUCAUUGGGCAGGUGGUCUCGAUUUUUUUGGUGACGGGUUUAACCAUGGUAGCUUUUCUUUAGGUCCCUCUUGAUGGAGAAGCCCUUCUCAAAUCUUCUAACCAAGUUUCUUUCAGUGGUUUUCUCUCUGUUCUUGGUACCAUUGGUUCCAGGGCAGAACCUGCCCAUCUCUCCUCUGGUUCUCAUGGCAUUUUGCUUGUCCAUUUCCCCUCUUCGAUGCUGUUCUCUAUAGACUGCAGGAGUCAACACCACCGACAAGGAGAUGGAGGUUCUCCAACUGAGGAAUGUUACUUUUGAGGAUGCUGGGCAAUAUACCUGCUUGGCCGCUAAUUCCAUUGGGCUCUCUCAUCAUUCUGCAUGGUUGACAGUUCUUGAAGGUAUAUAUGGUUCUAUACUGUGCUCUCUGGGUAUUUUCAUAAUUAUAGCAUGCAUUUCUAAAGCAAAGGAUGGUAGCUAUUUAAACAUCUAUCGAUAAGGUAAAAAUCUUGCGCUUAUGAUGCAUUUUCAUCAGUUCUUAUCCUCUGCUUGAUUGCAAAUUCCUUCAAAAAAUGUUGACCACCAGCUAUUCAGGACUAGAUCUGCUUGUAAGCUGCUAUAGAUCCAUUAAUGCAGCAAAAGCUUGUAGCUGACCUAUAUUAUGAACUGAAAAAAAAAAAAAAGAAUAUAUAUAUUUAUUAUAUAGCCACAAUUUAAACAUCAAUUUGAUGUUUUAUAUUGCUACAAUAAAGCUGUGUUUUUUAAAUGGCAUUUAAGUACUAUAUUAGUGCAGGUAACUAGUGUUUCCACAUAAGUCUAACAAAGAAAUUGAUUGGUGGGUAAUAAAGAACACCCGACCCUUAGCGAAGCACUAUUGACCUUUUUGGGUUGCACUUUAUGACUGAUAUAAAUGUGCACAAAUUGCACAGUAUGGUACACGCAAGGCAAUAUAGGAAAAUAUUAUCUGCUUAUUUAGGGCAAGCAAUAGAACCUCUUUCAUUAUGUAGUUCCCAUUUUAAUAUUAGUUGACAUCUCACUUGUUGCCUGGAGACGCAGUUUCUAAUGUGCAGUGACACAUGCCACUUGAUAUUGACCGUUUUUAUUUGUGCUGCUGAUUAAUCCCAUAAAAUGAAAUAGAAAAUGAGGAAAUUGUAUGAUUUUUCUCAAGUUGUCAGUCAGUUCUAGAACGUUGCUGUGGUUUUGCGGUCUCCCCCGGAAAGGACAUAGUGGGUCAUUUAAAUAUAUAUAUAUAUAUUUAUUCAUGUAUUUUUAGCUGCUUUGUAGCCUGACUGGGCUGUUUAUGUGCUCACAUGUUGUCUGGAGCACAAGCCAAUUGGUCACUUCUGUCAAAAGGGACUUUCAGGCAGUUUUCCAGUUUUCCAGUGUUAGCGAUGUGAGCAUAACUUCAUAACUUUUAAGACUGAGUUAUGAAGGACUAGUUUUGAUACUCCUUUGAUUACAAUUGUAGUGACUGUUGAUAACCCUGGCAGCUUGCAUUGUUAGGUUUUACAUUUAGAAGUAUGUUUCUACAUUUCCCUGUUUGGAAGUAAUGGCAUAUUGGCCAACUCUCCUGAAUCCCAGAAAGGAUUCACUUGGGGAGAUUAAAACAAAGUGAAGUUAAAAGGUUACUGUAAACUAAAAUAGUCCAAGCUUAUUAUUUCUAUUUGCAUAUUAGCUUUAGAAGUUUAGGCUAAGUAAGGCCUGUCAUAUAAUAUCUGGUGGUUUCACUAUAGAAUGGAGUUUUUCUUUGAUGUUUAGGAUUCAAUAUGCUGCAUCCUGUGUCUGUGAAAUGCAUGAAGGAGUAUAAACUCCAGAGGUUUAAGUUUUAAAGCCAAUUCGAUAUUAAAUUUUUAUUUUGUAUUGGGGCAUUUACAGUAAUACGUUGGGGUAAUGUAAUUUGAAAAAAUUUGAUUUGCAAUGUAAAAUAUCUCUGGAAAUGGCUUUAUAAAGAAACCCUGGAACUUUAUUUUAUAUUUUCUUUCUUUUGCUUCUUAUCAACUUGCAGUGCAUGGGAGAUCUGUCCUUCUAGAUAAUAUAAUUUCACAUUAAAUCCUUUUUAACUCUCCCUGAUAAUUGCUGCUGUUACUUCUGCAAUUAUCUGAAAUCUCUAACAAUGUUUUCCUUGUGUUUUAAUAUAUUUAAGGGUGGGAUAUUAAGCAGGAAUGUAUUGUGUAUAAUAUUUUAGAUGCUAAAUAUUUGGAUGUUUUUGUUUCCUUCCCACACUUCAAACCCCAUGCUCUAUUUUCUUUAUUUCGUGUGUGUGUGAUAAUUUUGGCUAUUAUAUACACUUGCACUUUGAUAAUUUGAUGACAACUCUGGGCCAAAAAACAAACCAACAUAGAAUCCAACUGAAUGUUGGAUUAAACCUCUGGAGAACUUUUUAAAUUCUGCCCCAGAAAUUUUAGUUUUUAUGAAGUUACAAGUAUCUGCUGUUUUUUGUUUGUGUGUUUUGCUUAGCUUUUUUGCCAUGUGUUCAUGAAAUCCACUCAAGCCCCUGUCAGUAUCCCUAUUCUCUGACUAUAUAUCCGUAUAGAACAGUGGUUCUUAAGGCAGCCCUCCAUUAUUACCAAAAGUCCAGGAUCCAAUUCCAUUUUCGCUGAGAUUCACACUCUCCAUGAUGCAUUCCUAAAACUCUCUAGUAAGUUAGUUGACUUGUGCAUUUGGUGUUUGAUAAAUCACAAUUCAUUAAAAAUGUGGGUGAUCAGCAAUUCAUCUGAAAUGCCAUAUUGCCUUAAAUAAAUAAACAAAAAAACACCCACAAAUACAGCUAAUUGACGAGCAGUUUCAUGAUUUGGAGUUAAAAUUCGAAUUAUUUGUGGCAAAUAUCCAACAACACAAAAAAUCAGCAUGAGGGUACAUCAUGUGGUUGCCUCCCACUACAUGCUAACCAGCUAUCAUGUUAAAAAAAAAAAAAAGAAUAAUGCACCUUAUUCACCCAUUCAUCAUGCUGCAAGUGGGGGCAUGUCUGAUAAACGGAUAAGCAGCCAGUUGCUACUCGCUGCAAUAAAAAAGCUAGCAACUGGGCAACUAUCCCGGUCUAGUCGUUAAGGUCCUAGAGGGCUCAUGAAAAACUGGGAGGACCUGGCACUGGCAUCGGGCUUAAUAUGAAAUAUAGGAGAUUGAACAGGUUAUUGUACCUAGCCCACAGUUGGGGGGGGGGGCUCUAAAAAAAAUUCCCAAGAGUAGAUACUGACCUGUUGUCCCUUGCUGCCACUACCCACAGACCACAGGUGGGGAAUAUUAUUUAAUAAUGAUUAAACUGGGCAUGGUCAUCUCAGUGUCCACCCUCAAACCCCACCCGUAAACCGUGGGUGGGAGCUUAUAAAGAAACGGUGGACAUGCCUUUUUGUCCAAACAUCCCCAACCCUUCACCCAUGGGUGGUGGUUAUUAAUGUCAAUGGAGAGGGCAGGGGGAUGCUAUGCCAUUGUCUACCCACUCCAAAUAAAAGCUUGGAACCAUCCCCUCUCUCCUCCCAGUGACUAAAAAUUCCCUAGACCCCCAACCACCCCCAAUAAAAAUUCUUGAUACCACUCACCCUAAUAAAAGGGUAACCGGACUACUAGUAAAAAAAUUAAAACUGAACGUGAGGGGAUCUAUUAAAAAGAAAUAACUCAAGCCCUACUGGGACUCUGGGACAGAUUUCAAAGUGUGGAAGACCUUUUCCUUCAUUCUGUGUAGAGGGCUGUGACUGGCUGAUUUAUAAGCCAACAAACCAAUCCGAGCACUUGGGCAGGCAAGUCUUGUCCCUUUUAAAACUUGCAUGGGAAUUAUUUUUUUUAUUAGGAUUUAUUGGGGCACCAUACACGAUUACUAUAAUAGGGUAGUUAACUUGGUAGGGGGUGGUUUCCCCCUCUUUUGGGUGCUAUAAUAUAUUUAAUACUAAACUAAAGAGUGCGAGCAGGAAAUAAUAUUCUGUUUAUGUGUAGCCGCAAAACCAAAUUAUCUCAGAAAUGCCAAAAAAUAUUAGAUUGUACUUGUGAGUCAUUCCAUUUUCGAAUUAACAGGAUUCUUGCCACGGUUCUGGACUUUUCCAAAUUCUGGAUAAUGUGUCACAAUAGGUGCAUGUAGGUCCGCACACAUAGAUAACAAAAAAAAUUGUGUAUUCGAAAAGAGUGCACAUUUAUUGAUAAAGUAAUGCAUAUCAAAAUGUCAUGGUAUCAUGCUGUCACUGCAGCCCUCAUAGAUGCUAAAUGUAGUACCGGCAUAUCACACCAAAACCUUGUAGGACACUCUGAGAUGACACACAUUUCCCAGCAAGAGAGGAAAUGUUUAAACUUUUUUUUAAAGUGUUCGGAAAAUAUCAAUCUGCCAGACGGGGGGGGAGAGCAACAAGAAGACUACCCUGAAAGCGUGUGAAAGCCCUGGACGUGUUUCGCACCUUCCUAGGUGAUUUCUCAAGGAAGGUGCAAAACGCAUCCAGGGUUUUCACACUCUUUUUCAGGGUAGUCUUCUGGAUGGUCUCUCCCUUGUCUGGCAGUUGCAGGUAGUACGGCAAAUUUGAUAUUUUCCGAUCACUUAUUUUUUUUCUUCUUGUUGGGAAAUUUUGUCAUCUCCGUAUCCUACAAUGUUUUGGUGUGAUAUAAGGAAAAUUCUGCGUCCCCAUGUAGAGCAUGGAGACGCUGAACGGCAGAGUUGCUUACUGUGCAGCACCGAGCCAGCAAGCCCCUCCAGUGGCCACUUAGAGAUGUACCUAGGGGCAAUGUAAUCACUGCCUUUUCUAUGAAAAGACAGUGUUUGCAUUAAAAUGCCUGAACGCAAUGAUUAUACUCACCAGAACAACGGCAUUAAGCUGUAGUUGUUCUGGUGACUAUAGGGUCCCUUUAAAGCAGUGCUAGGUCCCCCCCAGUAUUUUACAGGUCCCAUGGAAUGGAGGCGUUUGUGAGAGAUUGGGCAGCAAUGCACAGUUCCUUUUUUUUUUUUUAAGACUUGUGCACAGCAAAAAACAAUGUCAUUACUGGCCUAGGUGAUACUCAGUCUAUUAAUGGGGAAAUUGGAUAUCCUGUGACAGUUUGUAAUUCUUGAGGACCAGUUUGGGAAACACUGCUCAAACACACGCUUUCCUGCAAGUUUUAUAAUUAACCUUUUGUGUGCACGAGUACAGCAAUGGAUGAUAAACCUGCACUUAUGACGUCCCCAUUACACCUGGAGAUAAUAAUCUACUGCACUGGAGCCGCUUUUGUGUGUGCAAUGCUGCUGACCAUCGUGAUUUUCAAGAUGAAACACCCAUCCAAGAAGUCGGAUUUCAACAGUCAACUGGCUGUACACAAGCUGGCAAAGAGCAUCCCACUGCGCAGACAGGUAACAGAAAGUAUAUAGGGGGUUUACAAACCUAUACUUCUAUAAGAUAGGAAAAUAGUAGUGGAGUUUUAACAUGCAUAUGGGCUCUGGAGCUUACAAUAUUUUGUGCAAUUUUUAGAUUCAUGGAAAAGCCUUGUGUAUGCAACUAUUAUUUUAUUAUAUUUGUUAAAUGAGAAUGAGGCCCUUCUGAUUUGCCUGGAAAAUUUUUUUUUCAAAGCGGGAAUUGUAUGAGCAACAACUGGGUUUAUAAAUGAGUAUGCCCCUGGAUCCUUCUAGAUUACCUUCAUCACAUGGGGGUAUUUUUGCAAAUAUUUAUUUUGGAACUUUGUCAUGCCUGUAACAUUUAGUCUCUAUGCUAAAGAAGCACUGAUCAAUUCCCAUGUUUCAUUUUGGGAGACAGCAUUGCAAUAAUUUUUUUUUUUUUUUUUUUUUAAGUUUGCAGUAGUACUGUGUACACCCUCCCUUUUUGGAGGAUUCACUGCUAGUAUGCAUAGAGAGUGAUUAAUAACACUACAGAUAGUAAAUAUUUUCAAGCUCCUACUGUAGAAACUUGGGGUGCAUUAACAAUUUACCACAUUUUCUUAUAUUUUUUUGAUAAGAUGUAAGAUUUAAUUUCUGAAUUCAAAAACCACCACUUAAAGGGAAACUAUAGUGCUCUCGCUCACCCCAAGCACCGAUGUUCUUCGGCGCUGGCUCGCGUCCAGCUUCACUUGUCCCCUGCCGACAUCAGGUGGAGACCUAAUGCGCAUGCACGGCAAUGGCUGUGCUCACACUAGGAUUUCCCCAUAGUAAAGAAUUAUUCAAUGCUUUCCUAUAUAAUAGAGUGAGGACAUCCAGCUUUAUUUAGGUGACCAAAAGUCGCCUAACCACGCCAAAAUUCCACGAAGUGGAGCUAACCCUAGCAGGAAAUUAUUGCAGUUUAUUUAAAACAAAUUCAAUAAUUGUCUACUCAGGCUUAAGGGUGCUGGGACACUGCACCCAGUCCCCUUCAAUGAACUGAGUGCCUAUAGUGUCCCUUUAAGGUGUGUCAAGAGAUUCUAAACACUGAGCAAUGCCUGGUGGUCCAGUUUUUAGGCCCCUGAUAAUCUAGGUUUAAUUUGCAGAGUAGAUUUGAUCCACCUCUGUAGUGUUUUUGUUUUUCUAAGUUUGCAGAUGGCUAGCUAAUGUGAUAAUAGAAUAGUUAGAGCAUUUCAUUUUAUUGGAUGAUGACUGAACAGCACGGUUGCUCUUUGUACAUUAUUUUAUUCCUUAGAUCAGAGCUACAUCAGCCAUUUUCAUACACACGUAAUUGACUAUUCAGACACACUUCUCACCACAUGUGCAGGGAAAGCGAAUUUAGAAAUAAAAUCUGCAUGUUGCUGUAGAAGGAGAGCUAUUAACAGCAGUCUUCAUUAGUGAGCUUACCAAUUACAAAGACCCAGGGCCAGAUUAAGAGCCCAGUGGGCCUGGUGCUGACAAUUAUGACGGGCCUAAUUACAGAAUCAUAUUGACCAAAAACCGUAAAACACUCCCAAGCGUCAUGUAUCUGAUGGAGAUGGUGUGGGAGAGAAAGAAAACAGCAGCUAUAAGAAAACACAUACCCCAGGCUAAUAUCUCUCUAAUUUAUGUUUUCAUCUUUCAAGUAAAUCCAUAACCCCUAACAGCAGUGUCCAGUCAAGCAGGAAGUCAAUGGGCAUGGUAAAAGGGUGUGCCACUGACACAAGUCACGUAACCUGCCAAAAGGGGCGAACAUGCCCAAAAAGAGGACAUGUCUGCCCAAAGAAUUAGAAGGCCAGACUGGCAUGAAUGCAUGUCAGGCUGCCUGCCAAUCAUGCAGCUGGCCAAUUAAGCGCAUACUAUGCAGAGAGCACCCUGAGCUUGGCAUAAAUGCAUCUAAUAAUGCGCUCACUCAACGCUUUCUAAGGACUGUCCCCUAGCACUCGCUGGUCCACUUGUCUCCUUACCUUCUUACUAGCAGGCAGAAGCUCCUGGUAUAUAGUCUGGGACAUAGAAAAGCUGUAUGUAGUGAGUGUAGAAGAAAGGGAACAUGCCACAGUGUUAGAGAGACCAAAGUCAGCAUUGCCUUAAAGGAUCACUAUAGGGUCAGGAACACAAACAUGAAUUCAUGACCCUACAGUGUUAACACCACCAUCUAGCCCCCCUGUGCCCCUCAUGCCUCCAUAAAUAUAACAAAAUCUUACUAUAUUCAAGCCUGAAGCUGUAACUCUGCAUGCUGUUAGACUCACAAAAACAAGCAGUCUGCUGACAUCAUUAGAAGUGGUGGCCUGAUCCAAUCACAGUGCUUACCCAUAGGAUUGGCUGAGACUGACAAAGAGGCAGAUCAGAGUCAGAGCCAGCAUCAUUCAAACACAGCCCUGGCCAAUCAGCAUCUCCUUAUAGAGAUGAAUUGAAUUAAUCUCUAUGAGGAAAGAUCAGUGUCUGCAUGCAGAGGGAGGAGACACUGAAUGUCUGGAUGCAUUUUAGGCAGCCAUGACCCAGGAAGGAUCUCUAACAGCCAUCUAAGGAGUGGCCAGUGAAGUUAUCACUAGGCUGUAAUGUAAAGACUGCAUUUUCUCUGAAAAGACAGUGUUUACAGAAAAAAGCCUGACGGUAAUGAUUCUACUCACCAGAACAAAUUCAAUAAGCUGUAGUUGUUCUGGUGAGUCUAGUGUCCCUUUAUCUAUAUUCAUUGUCAGCCAGUCCACACAAGUUUUGUUCCCAUACAUCCCUCUUAAGUUUCCAUACUUAAGUAAGAGUAUGUGAAAAGUAGUUAGGGUUGCCACCUUUCUUGGAAAAACAAUUUGCAUAAUUAAAUAUGUAUGGGUGACAUCAAAUGAUGUAAAUCACAAGGAGUGACAUAAGAGAAUAUGCUGUAAAAUCACCCAAAAACUAUUUAGUUUAAAUCUGCUGUAUAGAUGGAUUCCUCUCAGUGCCCCCAUGUGUCGAUUACUCCAGGUCUCAGUGUUCCUAUGUAUCAGUGUCUCAGUGCCCCAUGUCUCCUAGUGUCGUGUCCCCAGGUCUCCCAGUGAUCCUAUGUAUCACAGUGUCUCAAUGCCCCAUGUCUCCCUAUGUAUCCCAGGGUCCCCAUGUCAGUAGGACACUAGGAAGAUGGGGAGACCUGGAGACACCAGUGACACUGGGAGACUAGGGGACUCUGGCUGGGACACAUGGGGACAAUGGGAAAAUAGGGGACACUUGAAGACAUGGGUACACAGACACUAGAGACACUGGUUGAGGGACAUGGGGACAUUGAGACAUGGGGGCACUGGGAGACAUAGGGACACUAAGACACCAGGGCCACAGAUACUAGGGACACUAGCUUGGAGACAUGGGGACAUUGUGACACUUUUUGCACUGAGACAUGGAGACACUAGGAGACAUGGGGACAGUGAGACACUGGCAGACUGGGGGCACUGGGAGACUAGAGGUCAUUUGGAGACUAGGGGGCACUGAGACACCAGGGACACUGGCUGGGAGACAUGGGGACAGUGUGUCCCCAUGUGUCUGUCAUAAUGUCUCCCAAUGUCCCUUAGUGUCUCAGUGUAUGUCUCAUUGCAGCCUUUCCCCCCCAUCCCUUACUUCCCUGAGCUGUAGGCUGUCUCUGCAGGGUGGGAGUUGCUGUCUGGACUCUCUGUAGCUGCGAAAGACCAAGUAAACUCACAGGCUUGUUUAGUUAUUUGCAUAAUUUACCUUAGUACACACUGGUGCUCUACACUAUGCUUUAUCUAUGUCUGUACAGUAACAUUCCAUUAUUUGUCUUUGGUGAAACAGGUGUCUGCUGACUCCAGUUCAUCAAUGCACUCAGGAGUGAUUUUGAUCCGGCCCUCUCGUCUUUCAUCUAGCGGCUCACCUAUGCUGGCUGGAGUCUCUGAAUAUGAGCUUCCUGAAGAUCCUCGAUGGGAAGUAGCAAGGGACAGGUGAGAAAUCUACUAUACUAGGUCAUUCUUUGGAAUUGUUAAUGCUUCCAUGUGUGCUAACACUUUAUGGCAUUGUGCCUUUGCAGGUUGAUCCUUGGAAAGCCACUUGGAGAAGGCUGCUUUGGUCAGGUUGUCAUGGCAGAAGCCAUUGGCUUGGACAAGGAAAAACCCAACAGAAUCACUAAAGUUGCUGUAAAGAUGCUAAAAUGUAAGCAGAGUGUAUGAAUUCACUUUGUGUUUCCAUUUGGGGUCUCUUUCUCAUUGUUCUAUAUAGAGUGUCAGUGAAUGAGUGAUACUGGCAGUUUUUUAAAAUUAAAAUGCAUUACCUUAAAUAUUUGCUUAUAUUUUAAAUUUAGCGGAUGCUAGUGAGAAGGACCUUUCUGACCUGAUUUCUGAGAUGGAAAUGAUGAAAAUGAUUGGCAAACACAAAAACAUUAUUAACUUACUUGGAGCCUGCACUCAGGAUGGUAUGUAGAUUCUAGCAUUUGACUACAUAAAAUAUGCAGCUUAAUAUUGUAUUUUUUUUAUUUUGUUGCUGCGUAGGUUUAAUGUUGCUAUGAUGUAAGCUGUAUUUUGUCAUUCUUCACAUAAUGCAUAUAUGCAGGGAAAUAGUGGUAGCUGCGGUUACGGAGGUGAAACAAACAUGUAUUCCUGACACUAUAGUGUUGAAUCCACCAUUUAGGUGAAUCCACCCUCUUUCCCCCCUCGCGUUUAGCCCCUUCAGAAUGGGUUAAAACUCUCCUUAUUUCCAGCUCUCCACGGGUCCGCCGGCACUGGCCAUGUCCCCUUGGUGACAUCAUCAAAAUUGCAGAUUUUUAGCUAAUCUAAUGCUUUCCCAUGGCUAAAAUCGGCAAUGGGGCAGGCCCAAAGGCAGUUUUGGCCAAUCAGCACCUCAUAGAGAUUCAUUGAAUCAGUGCAUCUCUAUGAAUAAAAUUCAGCGUCUCCAUGCAGAGCGUGGGGACGCUGAACGGCAGGGCUGCUUACUGUGCAGCCCUGAGCCAGGAAGCACCUCCAAUGACCAUCGGAGGAGUGGCAACUUGGAGGUGCACCCAUCAUUAAUAUGCCAGAGAUUCAUUAUUGAACUUGUAUGAAUUUAUUGGAAGUACAGGGAGGCAGAGUAAAACGAGGAAAUACUGUUUAAUUCCCAGUGUUGAAAUUUUGGAGAGACUUGUAGAGUCAAAGCCAGUUUAGUGAAUGUAACCUGAAGAGAGCUCUGAUCUCUAGAAAAAUGUGUUUAACCCUUUCAGAAACAUAUUGCUAUGGUUUGUAUUUUGUUUUUGCUUUCUCUUUCUGAUUAUACACCUGUGUUCUGCUCUUUAAACUGUGUGCAGUCGAAGACUCAAUGGCUGUACACCUUCAUGGAGUUUCUGGUAUCUUUACUAAUUCCUCUGUAAAAAAAUGAUUUGUUGUCAGGUUUUUCUUUAGAUGUAUUUCACGAUAGAAACUGCUGGCUGUUAAUCACAUGUCGAAUUUUUAAAUUUGAUUGAUAUCCUGUCUGACUCACAGGUCCUCUCUAUGUAAUUGUGGAAUACGCCUCCAAGGGCAAUCUGCGUGAAUACUUACGUGCACGGCGCCCUCCUGGGAUGGAGUACUGCUACAACCCCAGCUGUGCUCCCAAUGAGCAGCUGAGCUUUAAGGAUCUGGUCUCCUGUGCCUACCAGGUGGCACGUGGCAUGGAAUACCUUGCCUCUAAAAAGGUAGCCUUUUUGUUUUGUCAUCACUUUUACUAUAAAUUUGUACAUAUAAUUUAAAAUUUAUUUAGUCUUGUAUUUUUACAUAUAUUUAAUGAUGUGCUGUACUGUAAAUGUCUCCUGUCUCUUGUCAGUGUAUCCACAGAGACCUGGCUGCAAGAAAUGUUUUGGUGACAGAAGAUAAUGUGAUGAAAAUUGCUGAUUUUGGUCUUGCUCGAGAUAUUCACCACAUAGACUAUUACAAGAAGACCACCAAUGUAAGAGUUUGACCUUGUUCAAUAUCAUUGUUCCGUGUGUCAAACUGCCCAUGCCAUUAUGAUAUUUUAGGUUUAUAAGCAGCAUCUGAUUUUAAGUAAGAUGUUUUGUCUAGUGCUGUGGUCAGAUGGAAGAGCUUCUUGCAAAUCAACCAUCCGUGAAAAUCUCUUAACUUGUUUAGUCCAUUUGCAAAAAAACAAACCAACAAAUAUUUAUUUCUGUACAACAUAGGUGACCUGUUUUGUAGUUUUACUUUGUAACCUCUGUGUGACAAAGACAAUUUGUGUCUUUAGUUGCGGAUUUAGCUUUAGUACCCCAUAUAUUCAUAUUACAGAAAUGGGCUUAUGUAUAUUCAUAUAGAGUUCUGUGUAAAGUAUUCAGACACCAACAGUAACCUUAGUGCAGACAUAAUAUUGGUCUUGCAGAUCUAGAACAUUAUCAGUCCAUAUUCCUGUUUUCAUUAAACACCUUCUCACAUUCUAUAUGCACAUAUCCCAUGUGUUCUCAGUGUCUUUUUAAAAGGGGAAAAGGUUUUACGUAAAGACACUGGAUAAUGCUGCAAAAAGUCACAUUGCAUUUUGGACUUUUUUUUCUUCCAGGGUCGGCUACCUGUAAAAUGGAUGGCACCUGAAGCCCUUUUUGACAGAAUUUACACCCAUCACAGUGAUGUGUAAGUGUGUGUAUGUAUGUGUGGGUAUAUUGUAAAUGGUGUCUAACAAAUUUGCAUCCCUCCAAUAUUUCAACUUUAAUUAGUUUUUUGAGAGUGGGGUUUGUGGUUAGGGACACAUUUGUUUUUAGACCUCACAACCUAAUUUUCUUAUUCUUAAAGGACAACUAUAGUGCCAGGAAAACAUACUCGUUUUCCUGGCACUGUAGUGCCCUGAGGGUGCCCCGACCCUCAGGGUCCCCCUCCCGCCCGGCUCUGGAAAGGGGUAAGGGGUAAAAACUUACCUUUUUCCAGCGCUGGGCGGGGAGCUAUCCUCCUCCGUUCCUCCCCGUCGGCUGAAUGCACACGUUGUCAUAGACUGCAUGUUGCAAUACGUGCCUGAAGUCACCCCUUGUGCAUUCUCUGUAAGAUCACUUUCCACCAUUGUGGCAGAACUACUACUCGUACGUGUGUUUUGCCUUUUUUCCAUUUGGGAGUACUUCAUACGAACAAAGUCCAUUUGUCUCCUGAACAGGGACCGCCCCUGUACCCCAUCAUAACGUUCACAUCAGUAACUUAAAUGCAAAAAAUUGUAAAAACCAUAAGGGAAAUAAUUAAUGAAUGCUCCAUCUUGUCUCCCAAACGUGGGCAGCGGGACUUGGUCGUCAAGUGCCUGGAACUCUUUUUUUCAGCUAGGCACUCGCAUGAACCCCGGUAAAACAUAGACCGCUGCCCGUUCUAUUUCCCAACCACCUACAUGAACAAUGUUCGGGAGAUAUGAACUACUGAACAGGGGGAGCAUUCGUAUCCCGAAAUAAAACUAAUGCCUAUCUUGGUUUCUGCACCAAUCCGAGUGAUUCUUGGAUAUGUUGUACAUUUAGAUCGGGGCUAUCGGGGAAAUGUACUUUUUGUGGGGUUCCUGAGUAUGAUGGGGGCACAUUUGAGGUACUGUAUAUUUUGUUGGGUUUUCUGUACCUGAGAGAUUAGAGACUUUUUCUCAUGCAAUUGUUGCUCCGGCACAGAGGAUCCUGGGAUUGAAACCCCUGUUUUCUUGUAUUGUAAACUCCAUGUAGGGGACUGGGCAUAAAAGCCAUGUGUGUGUUCCAAUAAAUAGCAGUUGAGUCCCAGAACUAUGUUUCGUCUGGUUACUGGGGGAAUGGGUAUUUACUUGUGCUGAUGGUUCCAGAGUGGCUAAAGGAAAGUAAUAGCGGAGGUAACAAGUCGCGUUACCUGUGGUCCGCUACAACCAUCUUUUUAGAAUCUUCAUGUUCUCGCUCUUUAUUCUUACUUGUAUGUGAGAAGAGAACAGUGAUGUGAGGGGUGAUGCAGUGCAAGAGUUGCCUGUUUAGAAGACCUAGCUUGCAAGGUGGCAUUAUGAGGAGUAUGCAGUAAAAUAUUUUGUUGCAUGUUCAAAAAGUAGGGUAAGCUGUCACGUGUGUUUUUUGUUUUAUAUCUACUAAAUUUAUUUUAUCACCGACAGAUGAUGCAUCAUGCUAAUGAUUUUUUACAAUUUUUUUCAGCUGGUCAUUUGGGGUACUCUUAUGGGAGAUUUUCACUCUUGGAGGCUCCCCUUAUCCAGGAGUCCCAAUGGAAGAACUUUUUAAGUUACUAAAAGAAGGGCAUAGGAUGGACAAACCCACAAACUGCACCAAUGAGUUGUAAGUAUAGAACACUUGACUAACUUUCCUACAGUAAAAUGUGCGGUUUUAAUUACGGGAAACACUGCUUCACGUUAGUCUAUGUAACGGGAGGAUUGUAAGAUUUUUUUCAUAACUCAUUACCAGGUACAUGAUGAUGAGGGAUUGCUGGCAUGCUGUCCCCUGUCAGAGACCAACCUUUGUACAGCUGGUCGAAGAUCUGGACCGCAUUGUGGCUCUAAGCUCCAACCAGGUAUGCACAGCAGUCUGGGGAUAAUUUGCAAACAAAUUUCACUUAAAAUUUUCCAUAAUAAAUUACGGUUUUAAUAACUAUACUUACUGUGCCUGCAAACGUAAAUGUUACAAUAUCAACUCUCUCUGCAGGAAUACCUUGAUCUCUCCAUGCCAGUGAAUCAGUAUUCUCCAUGUUUCCCGGACACCAGAAGCUCCACUUGUUCCUCGGGGGAGGAUUCUGUGUUUUCCCAUGACCCUUUACCAGAUGAACCCUGUCUUCCCAAAUAUGCCAAUGGAGGAUUAAAAAAACGCUGACCUUGGGAGUUCUAUAAAAUGACACUUGCCUUUUUUUUUUAUCCACUCCUGAAAGUCAAGUUUGAGAACAUUUUAGUUUCAAGCAUUCCGAAAAUUACUACCACUUCCAAAAUUCCAAGCACUGCGAUAUAAUUCUGUUCUUGAUUAUAGAGGGCAAAGCUUUCCAUGAUCCAUUUUUAGUUUCCAUUCCCAUCUACGUUAUGACACCCCUUGGAUUUUUUUUUUUUUUUUUAAAUACUGAAGUAUUGUUACUUGGCCCUCUUCGGGUAAGAGAUUUCAGCUCAACCUAUGACAUUUGGAUAUGGAAGUGUAAUGAUGAUGUUAAUCAAAUGGAGUAUCAAGACACGAAUCUUCCUCAUUUUACCGUAACCGUUCUUCCUGCAUCUCAUUUACCUUCAAAGAAUACACUAUCGGCUGACGUUGGUACACUCCAAAUAAGUAUCGUUUCGGAUUUAUUCUAAACACAUGUAAUUCAUUUAGUAGAGAAUCCAAUAAAAAUGAACAUUUACCUUGGAUUCUGGAACUCCAAAUAUGUCAUCUCAAACCUGGAUUACAUCUUGGUUGUUCUCCAAAGUAACCUCAACAAUUCUGAUUUUUCUACAAGAGAUUUGCUCAGUUGGGUGAACUGUAUCAGCGAUGCAGGCAUCUUAAGCUAAGACCACAUACCUGUUCAUUUUUUAUUUUAUUUUUUUAUUUUAAACUGUGACUGUCCUAAUCAAUGGUCACCUAGAAGUCUUAAUAUAUUAAAGGAAUAUUUUAAUGCACCUACAUGUAGGCAUCAUAAAGGACAAUUCAGAGAUAAAGCAGACUGAUUUUAUUCAGUAAAUUUUAAGCACUCUGUUGACCAAUCAGCGGUACGAAGAAUAUGCCAUUCCCAUGUUUUCUAGAGUAUUUGACUCUGACCUGUUCUUUGCUCUUAUUCAAAAGCUUCCUGGCAAAAUAGAGUCCAUUAACACAAUUAAAGACUUUGCGCUGCAACCACAGUCGGUUUUAACAAAUACAUUUUUUGAAUCAAAUGGUCUUGAAAACUUUGGAGAUCUUGGUAUGUUUUAAUUCUCAUUUAUAGUGGAAAAUAAACAUGGGCAGAGUACCAAUUAAUGCUUUUCUUGUGUAUAUAGCUAGAAAUUGUAUAAAUAUGAAUUAUAUAUUUACAUGUCUUUUUAAGAAAAAUGUUACAAAAUAUAUACCAGUUUGGUAGUAAAAUGGCUGGUAAUUCAGUUGCUAUAAACAAAAAAUCAUAUAUUUUGCUACGUUUUCAGUUUGUAUUUUUUUAAAUUAUGUUCUAAAACCUUUCAUAUUCCCAGUAAAAGUCCCUAAAUAAAAAAACAAAAAACAGAUCGCUGAAGUUGACUUAAAUUUUUAUACAAUUGAACGUUUUAGAAUUGUGUUUAAGGGGGGAGGGUGACUCCCAGUCACACACUUUUUUAGAAUUGUUAAAUGUUUUGAGCUUUUAUUUAAACCAUUA